CCGGCUGGACGAGAAGUUCGUCCUUUUCACGACGUCUUCACCCGAGAGGUGCUAUUUAUUUAUUUAUUAUUUCUUUCUUUAUUUGGUGGACCGACCAGUGAAAUCAGCCAACAUUGGACUACGGAUACAAGCAGGGAUCCUGGCUGAAGGAGGAGGCUGCUAUCAGCCAUGGGGACGGCCAAGAUGAAACAUCUUUGGCCGUUGGUGGUGUGGAUACUUCUACUUCUGUGUCCAGCCGAGUCCCUCCGAGGAGUGCGGCGCGGACUAAGAAGAGAAGUAUUCUUCCUGAACAUCGAAGACGGCUACUUCGGCUGCCAGGUGAACGAGUCGACGGACGUGUUGCAGCUCCUGCAGCUGUCGAAGCUGUGCGACGACCACAUCGACUGCUAUCAGGGCACGGACGAGCAACGUGACAGAUUAAAGUGUACAAAUGACUGCACGAAGGAAGACGGAACCAGGUGUCUCAACGGCGUCUGCUUGGAUUCCGUCUGCCAUUGCAACGACGGUUUCGGGGGUUGCAAUUGUCAAGUACCAGACGAGAACGAGUGCAAGUACCGACCCUGUGAUAUAUUCGCGCAUUGCACGAAUACUCUCGGUAGUUUUCUAUGUUCCUGUUUCCCUGGCUACCGAGGCGACGGUUUCCACUGCGAAGACAUCAACGAGUGCGACAACCCGGCCUUUGCCUCGAGAUGCGUGGAGAACGCAGAAUGCUGUAAUCUCCCAUCGAGUUUCCUAUGCAAAUGCAAGUCUGGUUAUAUCGGCGAUGGCGAAGUGCACUGCGAAGACGUCAACGAGUGCGCGAUACCCGGUGCGUGCGGCGACAACACCGUUUGCCAUAAUAUUCCCGGAAAUUAUACCUGCGCGUGCCAGGAUGGCUUCACGGGAGACCCGUACGAAAGUUGUAUCGACAUAAACGAAUGCGAAUACGAGGGUGCUUGCGGAAGGGGUGCUCUGUGCGUGAAUUUACCUGGUGCUCACAAGUGCGAGUGUCCUGAAGGAUACAACGGCAACCCCGAGGAAGAAUGCGUGGACAUCGACGAAUGUGUGCGCAGUCCCUGCGGUCGAUCAGCUCAAUGCAUAAACGUACAUGGCAGCUUCCGCUGCUCUUGCCCGGAAGGAAUGAGCGGUGAUCCUUGGAUUGGCUGUCACGAUAUAAACGAGUGCGAGGAGAGUUCACCGUGUGGCGCGGACGCGGAUUGCGUGAACACGGAGGGUAGUUUCGAGUGCAGAUGUCGUGCUGGAUAUCAGAUGGAUUCGACACACGGUUGCAUCGACGUGAACGAGUGCGGUCGGACGGAUGCAUGCGCGGAAAACGCAAGAUGCAUCAACGUGCCGGGAUCGUACAAGUGCAUCUGUCCCCAGGGCUUCAUCGGUCAAGGACUAACACUGUGUGAAAACGUGAACGAAUGCGAGAGAAAUCCUUGCGGCGAGAAUGCCGAGUGCAGCGACACGAUCGGCAGCUUCGUAUGCAGUUGCAAGGAGGACUACACAGGAGAUCCUUUUAAGGGAUGCAGCGAUAUCGACGAAUGCACGGCGUUGGAGAACCCUUGCGGAAAGUACGCCAUUUGCAAGAACACGGAUCCUGGAUACAACUGCGUCUGUCCAACGGGGUACAGUGCCAACCCCAACCCAACAGUAGCGUGUGAACAGACCGAUGUGACUACCCUAUGCAAAUCGAACUUCGACUGCGUGAACAACGCCGAGUGCAUAGAAGGACAAUGCUUCUGCAAAAAUGGAUUCAAGGCAGUGGGUGCCGAGUGUGUGGAUCUCGACGAGUGUCUUUCGAACCCCUGCGGACCUGCUUCCAUCUGCAGCAACACCAGGGGAAGCUACCACUGCGAGUGCGAGUCUGGUUUCGUUGGAACUCCACCGCACAUACCCUGCAAAGCACCUUGCGACGAAGUAACUUGCGGAGACCAUGCGUACUGCAAGGCUGAUGGUCAUGAAGCGUACUGUAUUUGUGAGGAUGGCUGGACAUUCAAUCCGAACGAUAUUGCAGCUGGCUGCGUUGAUAUAAAUGAAUGUGACGCCGUAAAUGGUCCUUCUGGCCGUUGUGGAAGAAACGCGAUCUGCACCAACACUCUGGGUGGCUUUAGUUGCCAGUGUAAACCAGGGUUCUCAGGAAAUGCCUUCAAACAAUGCCUGGACGUAGAUGAGUGUAGUAGACACGACGCCUGUGGUCAUGGAGCUACCUGCACGAAUACGGAAGGUUCCUACACAUGCACCUGUCCAGAGGGUACGAUACCUGAUCCUGAUCCUUACAUCAAGUGUGUUGGUAUAGUCACUUGUGAAGCUGACGGUGAUUGCCCUGGAAAUGCCAUUUGCGACCCGCAGAAACGGUGUCUGUGUCCGGAGCCCAAUGUUGGAAACGACUGCAGACAUCCUUGCGAGGACUUGACCUGUGGACCAAAUGCACAUUGCAUGCUAUCCAACGACGUGGCCACCUGCCUCUGCCGCAGCGGCUACACCGGAAAGCCUGGAGUUAAGGGUGGUUGCAGAGACAUCGACGAGUGCGCGAUCAACCCGUGCCCUCAGGGAGCGAUCUGUAACAACGAGCCUGGUUCCUUCUCCUGCCAGUGUCCUAGUGGCACCACAGGGGAUCCUUACAGCGGUGGUUGCCAGGAGUCGAAGGCUCCUCACGUUUGUGGACCCAGCACCCCGUGUCCGGCUGGGGAACAGUGCAUCAAGGACGAAUUUGUGGGCAGCAGUGUGUGUAUUUGUCAGAGGGGAUACACCCGGGACCAUGAAUCCGGUAAAUGCAGGGACAUCAACGAGUGUAUGGAGCUCAGGGAGAAACCUGCUUGCGGGGUUAACGCCAUUUGCAAGAAUCUUCCUGGCAGCUACGAGUGUCAGUGCCCACCUGGGUUCAACGGCAAUCCUUUCUCUCUCUGCGAAGAAUGUAACAGCAUUGAAUGUCAAUGUCAACCUCCGUACAAGAUCGUGAACGGAAAGUGCAUGUUGGCUGGGUGCUCCAAGGGCGAAAAGUGCCCCAGCGGUGCUGAGUGCAUAACAAUUGCCGGCGGAGUUAGCUACUGUGCCUGUCCUAAAGGAUACACCACCAAAAUUGACGGCUCCUGCGAGGACAUAAACGAGUGCAUCGUUGGACACCAGGUUUGUGGCUACGGAGCCGAGUGUAUAAACUUGCCAGGUUCCUAUCAGUGUGCCUGUCCACACGGUUAUGGUGGAGACCCAUACAACGGUCUCUGCUCCCCAGCGCAAAAGAGAUGCACAAACGACAACGAGUGCAAAGCUAACGAGAAGUGUGUGCAGCCUGGUGAAUGCGUUUGUCCACCACCGUUUUACUCCGACCCUCUCGAUGGCAAUCUUUGUAAAAACCCUUGCGACCGUUUCCCAUGUGGUAUCAACGCCAAGUGUACACCGAGCGACCCACCGAGGUGCAUGUGCGAGGCUGGCUACGAAGGAGAUCCUCAACACGGGUGCAUCGAUGUGAACGAAUGCGCGAAUAAUCCUUGUGGACACGGUGCUUACUGCAUCAACACCAAGGGUGAUCAUAUAUGCGAGUGUCCGAAGGGAACUGUGGGUGAUCCUUACGGUGCUGGUUGUACGGGAGUUGCUAUUGCGAAGAACGAGUGCUCUUCUAACGACGACUGUGAUAAUAUCUUCGCUUGCGUGAGCGGACGGUGCGUGAACCCCUGUGACAACAUACCUUGUGGUCCGAACGCGUAUUGUGAACCCGACAAGCAUGCUGCUUGGUGUCGGUGCGUGAUCGGAUUCGUGGAGGGCAAAAACAACGAAUGUGUUUCGCAAUGUGAUGGCUUCGUCUGUGGUGCGGGAGCCCAGUGCAUCGUCAGCUACAGCGGACCAACUUGCAAGUGCAUCGAAGGUUUCAUGGGUAAUCCAUUCCCUGGAGGUCAGUGCCAACCGGACGUCUGUUCACCGGAAGUUCCCUGUGCGGAGCCAAGCGUGUGCAUAAGCGGAAGGUGCAAGCGUCGCUGCGAAGGCGUAGUCUGUGGCGUUGGUGCCUCUUGCGACCCAGCUACGAACAAGUGUGUGUGCAACCCGUACUUCAUUGGAAAUCCUGACCUCCUCUGCAUGCCACCGAUCAAUCCUGCUAUCUGUGAUCCUGGAUGCGGUACCAACGCCCACUGCGAGUAUACUCUGCAGGAAGCCAAGUGUGUCUGUAAUCCUGGCACGAGUGGAAAUCCUUAUCACGGUUGUGGCGUGCAACAGAAGUCCGAUUGCUCUACCGCAUUGUGCGGCAAAGACGCACACUGUAACGCUGGACCUAACGCUGUCGAGUGUUUGUGUCCUCCUGGUUACGCGGGCAACCCUUACAUUCAGUGUCAUGACAUCAACGAGUGCAACGGAAACGCCUGCGGAAACAACGCGGUAUGCAUCAAUACGAUUGGCAGCUACGACUGUCGCUGCAAAGAGGGCUUCUUCGGCAACCCCUUCAUCGGCUGUCAGCAGGUGCAAGUGGGACCCUGCACCGAUCCUUCAACCUGCAUCUGCAGCGACACUGUACUCUGUCCCUUCGACUACAGCUGUGUGGCUGGCAAGUGCAUAAAUAAAUGCAGCGACGUGAAAUGCGGUCCCAGGUCCGUCUGUCAGGAUGGAGCCUGCCUGUGUCCUCCAGGUUACAGCGGCAACCCUAACGACCUCACCAAAGGCUGCCACCUUCACGGCCACUGCUCUAACGACCUCGAUUGCGAACCGCAGCAAAUCUGUUUCCAAGUUGGCAAGGGUGUUCGAAAGUGCGUCGACGCGUGCAGUAAGCUGCAGUGCGGUCCGAACGCGUUGUGCAUCACUCAGAAUCACGUGUCCUCGUGUCUGUGCAUCGACGGGUACCAGGGUAACCCCAGCAACCUGGUGGAAGGCUGCCAGCCGUCCAAGUCGGUCAUAACACCCGGAUGUAACCACGAUUCCGACUGCCAGGAGGGUUCCUUCUGCAUCGAUUUGGACAGUGGUGCUCGCGAGUGCGUGAAUCCGUGCAGCAAGGUGGUCUGCGGUGCCCACCAGAAGUGCGAGCCAGAUAUAAUCCCCGGUCAUGCCACUUGCAAAUGUCAGGACGGAUACGAGUGGAACCCCAUAUUGUCCUCCUGCGAGAAACCAUCGGUUCCCGACUGCAUUUCGGACGACGACUGCCACUCGACGGAAGCCUGUAGACCGGAUGCUCUGGGUGUGUUGAAGUGUGUCUCCGUGUGUCGUAGUUUCACCUGCGCGAUCAACUCUCAGUGCGUGGCCGAACGACAUCGCGGUCGCUGCGACUGUCUACCAGGAUUCGUAGGCAAUCCAAACGAUCGCCAGGGUUGUCAUACUCCUAGAAAGGAUCAUUGCUCUACCGACAGCGAGUGUCCGGAGGACCAGACUUGCAGGAGCACGGAGGAAGGUCUGCUGAUCUGUCAGCCGGUAUGCAACUUCGUCACCUGCGGUCCUAACGCUCUCUGCGUGGUCCACAAUCACGUUGCCAACUGUGAAUGUCCACCUGGACUCUACGCCGGCGAUCCCAACGACGUGGUGAAAGGAUGUCGCACGGUUCCUUGCGUCUACAACAUCGACUGCCCACCUACUCAGCUCUGCAACAGGCUGACACACACUUGUUACGAUGCUUGCGACGAAAACGCUUGCGGAGUAAACGCUGUCUGCAUCGCGGACGACCACAGAGCUAUCUGCCAAUGUCCGCCUGGGCUUAGACCGAACCCAGUGCCCGACGUAGAGUGCGUUGCCCUCGAAGCUUGUCAUCCAAAUCCCUGCCACGAGUCGGCCCUCUGCGUUCCAGGACCCUCCAGCAACCCCAUCUGUCAGUGUCCACCUAAUUUCGUAGGCGAUCCCUACGGCGAAGGCUGUCAACCCGAAGGAUACUGCGCUAGCGCCAAGGACUGUCCUGUGCACUCCAUCUGCCACAACCAUCGUUGCGUCAAUCCUUGCGAAGAUGCCUGCGGACCUAAUUCCAUCUGCGAAGUUAUCAAUGGACAACCAACUUGCAAGUGUAUACACAGGUUUGUUCCGUCGUCGAAAGGACCGCAAGAUGGAUGUGUACGCGUGAAGAAUUAUUGUACCGUUGAUGCUGAUUGUGAUGAAAGCGUGUGCCUCGAUGGACAAUGCAUAGCUGUUUGUCGGGCAACUGCUGACUGUUCGACUGGUGAAAAGUGUCUGAACAACAAGUGCAUGAUUCCUUGCGUCACACACAAUCAGUGCCAGAAUGAUCAAGCCUGUGUCAAUGGAGUUUGCAUUCUGGGAUGUCGGAGCAACAAGAACUGUCCCUCCACUGAGUCGUGUAUCAACAAUAAGUGUCAAGAUCCAUGUAAAAGGAAAGAUGUCUGUGGUCCAAACGCCAUCUGCAGUUGCACCAACCACGCAACAACCUGUACCUGCCCCCUCGGUUUUCACGGGAACCCCACACCCCAGCAGGGCUGUGUCCGAGUGCCCGGCAUCUGCGACGGUCACCAAGAUUGCCCCAGCCAACACGUGUGUGUCUCCGGAUUCUGUCAGUGUCAGUGCAGCGAGCAGAACAACUGCGCCGAAGGAGAGCGCUGCAAGAGCGGCAUCUGUGUCAAAGUGUGCUACAGCGACAGCAACUGUUUGCCCGGUGAAUUGUGCAUCGACGGAGUGUGCGAAGUGGGCUGCACUUCCGACAACGGCUGCAAGAACAACGAGGUGUGCAUCAACAACAAAUGCAAAUGCAGUCACGGAUUCACCGCUGGACCGGAACAUUGCCUGGAUGUGAACGAAUGCGAGGAUCAACCGUGUCAUUCCAGUGCGGAGUGCGUUAAUCUUCAGGGAUCUUACCGCUGCGUCUGCCCGCUGGGCACCGCUGGUGAUCCUGUGGGAUCGGGAUGCGUGAUUCCUCAUCAGUGCACGGUGAACGCUGAUUGUCCAGAUUCGCAGGCUUGCGUCCAACAUAAUUGCACAGAUCCAUGUUCUUUGGUUGACUGUGGACCCAAUACUGUUUGCUCCGUGCUGGAUCACACUGCUGCCUGCCAGUGUCAACCUGGGUACAUAGGUGACUCGGCUGGGUGCUUCAAAGUGGAGUGUCUCUCCAACACUGACUGUCCCACGGACAAAUACUGCAAUCAGGAUACUAACAAAUGCAGCAGUCCUUGUAACCAGGUGGACUGUGGAUACGGUAAUUGUGUGGCGUACGAUCACACUGGAAAGUGUAAGUGCUAUCCUGGAUUUGUCCUGGCAGGCGAUAUCUGCGUUGACGUUAACGAAUGCUUGAAAAACCCUUGCCAUCCUUCUGCAGUUUGCCAGAAUUCAGAGGGAUCGUACGAAUGUGUCUGUCCACACGGUCUAGUAGGAGAUCCCUUCAAGUCCGGCUGCAAGCAACCUGGAGCUUGCUUCACGGACUCCGACUGUCCAAAUUCCGCAGCCUGCAUCGAUAACAGAUGCACGAAUCCUUGCGACGUUUCGACUACCUGUGGCAGGAACGCGGAGUGCUUCGUGCAGGAUCACGUUCCCCUCUGCAAAUGUCCUGGCCAAACCACUGGAAAUCCUGCUUUGGAAUGCGUUCACCUGGAGUGCAACUACCACAGCGACUGCAGUCCUUCGGACGCAUGUUUCAAUCACAAGUGCGUCGAUCCUUGUUCUCUGUCGAACGUCUGUGGCCAAGGAGCGGAUUGUUCACCGUUAAACCACAGUGCUGUGUGCACGUGCCAGCCAGGUGGUACCGGUGACCCAAAUCUGGGUUGUACACCUGUUCAGUACUGUAAAUCGGAUUCUCAGUGUGCAACGGGAUCGGCAUGCAACGGUGGAAUAUGUACAGCACUCUGCGGUAGCACAAGGGACUGCAUCGGCGACCAGCUCUGCAUCAACGGUCUCUGUCAGCCUACCUGCAAAAGCAAUUCCAGCUGUCCGGAGUAUCAGUACUGUCACAACAGCAUCUGCGUACAAGAACUGCGAUGCACAUCAGACGAUGAUUGUUCCGACGAUGAGCGAUGUAUUAAGAACAACAUUGGACAAGCAGAGUGUCAGAAAUCGUGCGAUUUGGUCCUCUGCGGACGCAACGCCGAGUGCAGAGCCAACGACCACGUGGCAGUGUGUUCCUGCAAGAAUGGAUUCUUUGGAAACGCCAAAGACGACAAGAUCGGUUGUCAGCCCAUCGAGUGCGAGAUCAAUGAUGACUGCAGUGGAGAGAAGAUCUGCGAUACUCACAAGUGCAGGAUUGCGUGCUUGGCCCACAAUCCUUGCGGCGUUAAUGCUAUUUGCACGGCGGAGAGACAUGUUCAGAUUUGCACGUGUCAACCGGGAUACACCGGUGAACCAACUCAUGGCUGCCAGCUGAUCGAUUACUGUCUGAACGAACCGUGUGGCCCUGGAGCGAUAUGCGAGAACUCCAGAGGCUCCUACAAGUGUCACUGCCAACAAGGCAUGGUUGGCGAUCCGUACAACAGUGGCUGUCAACCACCAGUCGAGUGUCUGCACGACGACGAUUGUCCACUGACCGCCAAGUGCAUAAACGUCAACAACAUACCAAAGUGUUUCGAUGUUUGCUCGCGUACACAAUGUGGCCCGAACGCAGACUGCGUGGCUGCUAAUCACGCAGCAGCCUGCCAGUGUCGAUCCGAUUACGAGGGUGAUCCUAACAAUUUAAGUAUAGGCUGUCGGCCCAAACCGGUCGUUUGCUCGUCAGCCACUGAUUGCUCGACCAAUACUUAUUGUUACGAAGGAAUCUGCCGACCGUUCUGCCAAUCCGACGAGGAAUGCAAUCUAUCUGACGUGUGCCAGAACGGACAGUGUCUCGAUCCUUGCGACAUGAGAGCCGCGUGCGGAAUUAACGCGGAGUGCAAUGUGAAGAGUCAUAUCAAACAGUGCAGCUGUGCUCCGGGAUUCACUGGGAACUCGGAGCUGGAGUGUGUGAGAUUGCCCGUGUCCUGCAGAGACACCAACGACUGCAACGAAGGCAACACAUGCCGCGACAACGUGUGUCUCCCAAUCUGCACCAGCGACAACGAGUGCGCGUUCAACGAGAAAUGCGUCCGCGGCAACUGCCUGCUAACCUGCCGACUCGACAACGACUGUUUCCUGGGUCACAUAUGUCUGCACAACAUGUGUACAUUCGGCUGCCGCGCCGACGAGGACUGCAACGCGAACGAAGCCUGCAUCACCAACAAAUGCACCAACCCUUGCGAGGCAACUCCGUGUGGACCCAACGCCAAGUGCACGGUGUUCAAUCAACGAGCCACUUGUUCGUGUCCCGCGGGUUUCAUACCGAACCCAACCGCGAAAGUGGCUUGUUUGAGAUCACCUGGACCUGCCUGUCAGGCGAACAGAGACUGUGCGACGGGAACAGCGUGCAUCGGAGGAGUUUGCACACCUGUGUGCUCUACGGACUUGAAUUGUCUCAGCAACGAACGCUGCGACCCCUCGGGCAUCUGUAAAUCGUUGUGCAGGAGGGACGAGGAUUGCAGGAGCGGAGAGAUUUGCGAGGGACUUGUUUGCGUGAUUGGAUGUCGGUCCGAUGUGGAAUGCCAGGAAAAUUUCGCUUGCAUAAACAACCAGUGUCAGGAUCCUUGUUCGCUCUCCAACGCCUGCGGAGUGAACGCUCAGUGUUCGGUCGUGAAUCACCGGAAAUUAUGCGCGUGUCCCGCACCGCUUGUUGGCGAUCCCGUAAUUGGAUGUAAACAGGCGUUCCUUCCUUGCAACACGGAAUUGGAAUGCGCGACUGGCCAAACUUGUUAUGGAAGAUCCUGUUACGCCACUUGCAGAAGCGAUGCUAAUUGCCUGAGCGACGAACGAUGCGACGCUGGAAUUUGCAAGGCUAUCUGCAACAGCGAUGAUCAUUGCGCGGCGAAUCAGAUCUGCCAGAACAGGUUGUGCGACAUUGGAUGCCGCAGCGACAACUCUUGCCCUAACGACGAAUCUUGCGUUAACAACAAAUGCAAAAAUCCAUGCGAGGGUGGCAAGGCUUGCGGAGAGUGCGCAGGGUGUCGGGUGGUGAACCACGUGGCACAAUGCAGUUGUCCAGCUAACUAUUACGGAAACGCGUUAAUCAGCUGUGCUAAGUCCAUGAUUCCUUGCGAUGGCUCUUGCGAGUGUGACGAGAUCGGUUUCUGCACGACGAGCUGCUCCUUGCAGGAUCAGUGCUCCUGCGGCGAAGUUUGUCAUUCCGGAAAAUGUCGCAUCAAGUGUGACAUCAAUAAUUACUGCCCGAAGGGUUACGUUUGCGACGGAGGAUUAUGUCUGGUCGGCUGUCGCACUCAUUCCGACUGUCCAUCAUCUUUAUCCUGCGUGAACGGCCAGUGCGAGGACCCGUGUUCCGCCAACGGAUCUCCCUGCGGCAUCAACGCCCUUUGCCGUGUGUCAAAUCACCGUGCAGUGUGCCUCUGCCCAGAAGGUUUCCAGGGAGAACCCAGUCAGGAAUGCUACCAGCUGGAAUGUCACCGGGACGACGACUGCGAGGCGAACAAACGCUGCAGCGAGGAUGGAGUUUGCACGAAUCCUUGUCUGCAACACGGUGUUUGUGGAUUCAACGCUCAGUGCAGGGUAGUCAACAGAAAGGCCCAGUGUUCGUGUCCACCUGGACACUACGGAAACCCUAAGAUCAACUGCAAGAAAGGAGGAGACGAGUGUCUGAGGAGACCUUGCGGAGUGAACGCGAAAUGCAGAGAGACUUUGAAUGGAUUCGAGUGCACUUGCGAUCCUGGAUGCCAUGGCGAUCCUCAUCAGGCUUGUAUCUGUGACGGAGGAGAACUCUGCAAGGACGCUCGUUGCGGGGUCAAUGCUGCUUGUCGCAUUUACAAGAACCAGCCACAGUGUUACUGCCCACCGAACUAUCCGUCUGGCGAUCCGAUGCAAGCUUGUAGCGCAGACAAGAGCUUAGGCGAUUGUCGCACGAACGGUUGCGGCAAGGGUGCAGAGUGCAUCCGAGACGGUGCGAUAUUUGUGUGCAGAUGUCCGCCUGGUACCAGGGGCUCGCCAGACGUUGAGUGCACCACAGAGCGCGAAUGCACCAGUGACCUAGAGUGCCCCAAUGAAAAAGCCUGCAUAAACCUGCAAUGCGUGGACCCGUGUGGUCUCCGCGGUGCCUGUGGGAUCAACGCUCUGUGUCGAGUGGUUUUGCACAAGCCACGGUGUUCCUGUCCGCAGUGUUAUAUCGGUAUGCCCCACACGGCCUGUCAUCCAGACCCCAAAUGCGACACGCUCAAUCCCAGACCUACACCGAGCAUCGGUUGCUCGUCGGAUCGCGACUGUCCGGAGAGUUUGUCGUGUCACACGCGAACGGGCGAAUGUCGGGACCCGUGUUUGAGCUCUCGAUACACCUGCGAGGUAAACAAGAGAUGCCAGGUGCGUAACCACCGGCCGAUGUGCGUGUGCAAGUACGGCUUCGUCGUAAACGAGGUCGGCGAACUGACAUGCGCCCCCGACACGUUGACAUGCACCAGGGACUUCGACUGUCCGUCGAACGCCGCGUGCGUGAAUGGGAAAUGCCAGAAUCCGUGUAACGUCAGAAAGAAAAAGCCCUGCCCGGCUGAUAAAACCUGCGAUGUCCUGGACCACCGUCCUGUCUGCAUUUGCACUCAAAAUUGCAAUCCCUCCCUCUCCAUUUGCCUGCGAGACAGUGGCUGCUCUCCAGACUUGGCGUGCCGCAACUAUCGCUGCGUGGACCCAUGCAGAAACUCCACCUGUCCGGCUGAUGCCCCCUGUUACGUGGAGGAGCACAAGCCUAUCUGCAAGUUCUGUCCCCCCGGCUUUGUGCCAGAUACUAAAUACGGAUGCAUGAAAGAUACCAAAUGUGCAACGCACGACGACUGUCUCUCCCAGCUGGCCUGUAUUAACCAACAGUGUUUGAACCCCUGCACUGUUCACAACCCAUGCGACUUCGUUGAGGUGUGCCAUGUUCAGGAUCAUAGACCUGUUUGCGUGAAAGAUAUAACAAACGAAACAGAUUGUCCUUACUGUCCACCGGGCAUGGAGUGCGACCCAGCGACGUACACGUGCGUCAAAGCGGGUUGCACUAGCCACAAAGAUUGUCCGCUGACAGAGGCGUGCAUUGAGGGCACUUGUCAGGAACCGUGUCUCGUUUGGAACCCGUGUGCCAACAACGCGAUUUGCGUUAACACGAAUCACAAAGCGGACUGCAGUUGCGAGGACGGUUACCACGGAAAUGGUUUCUCCUACUGUGCACCAGAAGACGAAGGCAAGAACAUCUGUCAGUACAACGAGGACUGUCCACCGAGCAAAUAUUGCGACCGCCUGAACAGACAGUGCAUUGAUCCUUGUUUGGAGACCGAUUGCGGUGCUAAUGCUAACUGUUAUCCGGAAAAUCAUCAGGCACAGUGCAGAUGUCAUCCGGGAUAUCAAGGAGACCCUCAUGUUGGUUGCACACAAGGAUCUACGGAUCCCUGCGUACCGAAUCCUUGCGGUUUGGACGCGAUGUGCGAGAACGACAAUGGCAAUCCAAUAUGCUUCUGUCCGAAAGGAUUGACUGGCAAUCCAUUCGAACAGUGCAUUCCAGAGGGUGACCAAUGCCAAGGCAAUCCUUGUGGCGUCAAUUCCGGCUGUCGCGUGGUGGCAGGACAAGUGAGGUGUUUCUGCCUCCCAGGAUACGAAGGGAAUCCACCUCAAUCUCCUUGCGCACUGCCUGUGAAUCCUUGCGAGCCAUCACCAUGUGGACCCAACACUCAAUGUUCAGUCUUGAACAACGGUCUAUCGAAGUGUACCUGCCUACCAGGGUACAUUGAAAGUCCUAACACCAUCAGAGGAUGUGUACCGAAGUCUGAUCAGUGCGAUCCUAAUCCUUGUGGAGCUGGAGCCAGCUGCGACGCGAACAGAGUACCGCCAUGUUAUUGUCCUGCGAAUACUUUUGGAAAUCCGUACCAGAGUUGUACAGUAUCACAGACAGGCGUGCAAGAUCCUUGUUUACUGAUGCCUUGCGGAAAGAACGCGAUCUGCGUCGAAGAAGAUGGCGUCGCAAAAUGCAGAUGCGUGCCACCGUUCAUUGGUAAUCCGUAUAUAGACGGCUGUGAGGCAGAGUGCAUCGUGAACCAGGAUUGUGAAAAUCAUCUGGCGUGCUUCAAUCAGCACUGCAGAGAUCCUUGUCCGGGUGUGUGUGGUUCGAACGCCAAGUGCGAAGUGGUUGAACACGUUCCAGUCUGCUCUUGCUUGCCUGGAUACACUGGGGAUCCGUUUAGCUCUUGUAAAGUCGAGAAGUCUCCUCUGCCAGCCCAGAACCCCUGUAUGCCGUCACCUUGUGGACCCCACAGUAUCUGUCGCGUGAUGAACGACCGUGCAGUGUGUUCCUGCAGCCCAGGAUACCACGGCACACCACCAUCCUGUCGUCCAGAGUGCCUAGUUAGCUCCGAAUGCCCCGCUCACCUGUCUUGCAUCGGUCAGAAGUGUGGAGAUCCUUGUCCCGGCUUGUGUGGGCAGAAUGCAUUAUGCCAGGUCAUCAAUCACAACCCUAUUUGUAGCUGUCCUCCAGACUUUGUUGGAGAUCCGUUCACGCAAUGCGUCAAAGAAGAUAUACCUUUACCGGGACCGAAGAACCCUUGUUUGCCUUCGCCCUGCGGACCGAACGCGGAAUGUCGGGUGCAGGAAGACCAUCCUGUGUGUACUUGCAUCAGUGGAAUGUUUGGAGCGCCACCAAAUUGUAGACCGGAGUGUCUGAUACAUCAGGACUGCCCGAAUUAUUUGGCUUGUGUUCAGAAGAAGUGUGUGGACCCCUGUGCAGGAUCUUGUGGGUUCAAUACCAACUGCACGGUGCAGAAUCAUCGUCCUAUGUGCCAGUGCAAUGAGGGAUACGAAGGGGAUCCAUUCUCUGGAUGCAGCAAAGCAACCUUCCCUGCUGCACUACCGUGUGACCCAUCUCCAUGCGGUGCAAACGCAGUCUGUAAAGAACGAAACGGAGCUGGCUCCUGCACCUGUCUGCCUGACUACACCGGAGAUCCUUACGAAGGAUGCAGACCCGAAUGUGUCCAGAACUCUGACUGCGUCCACACGAAGGCUUGCAUAAACAACAAGUGCAAGGACCCGUGCAUAGGCGCCUGUGGCAUAAAUGCUCAGUGCCAAGUGAUCAAUCAUCAACCUUCGUGCAGUUGCUUGUCUGGCUACACUGGGGAUCCUCUGAAAUCUUGCCACAUAUCGUCUGUUACACCAAUACCAGGCGAUCCAUGUCAACCAUCCCCAUGCGGUCCAUACAGUAACUGUCGCGUGAUCGACAAUCACGCAGUCUGCUCCUGUCAACCGGACUACGUGGGCAGUCCACCACAAUGUCGACCAGAAUGCGUAGUCAGCACCGACUGCACUCAGAACACCGCAUGCAUUGCUCAAAAGUGCAGAGACCCGUGUCCAGGCACCUGUGGCCUAAACGCCGACUGCCAAGUCAUCAAUCACAACCCUGUAUGCAGCUGCACAUCCGGAUACACCGGUGACCCAUUCUUUGGAUGCGUCAAAGAACCGGAACCGAAGCAACCUGGACCAGAACCCAGCGGCAACCCAUGCAUUCCAUCGCCAUGUGGACCAAACUCUCAGUGCCGUGUGAUCGACGGUUUCCCGGCAUGUUCCUGUCUACCUAACUACGUGGGCAGAGCUCCGAAUUGUCGACCCGAGUGCGUGAUUAACGAAGGCUGUCCAGGAAACCUUGCGUGCCAGAACGAGCAGUGUGUGGACCCGUGUCCAGGUUCCUGUGGUGUGAACACCUACUGCAAUGUUGUGAAGCACAAUCCAGUUUGCAUCUGCAACACCGGGUACACCGGAGAUCCGUUCACCGAAUGUAUACCAAUACUAGAAGAACCGACGACAACCGAACAACCCCGAACACCCUGCAACCCGUCGCCCUGCGGAGCAAACGCGAUUUGCAACGAACGAAAUGGCGUGGGAUCCUGUACGUGUCUGCCAGAGUACAUCGGCGACCCGUACACGGGCUGCAGGCCAGAGUGCGUCACGAACACCGACUGCGAUCGCAGCAAGGCUUGUCUCAACAACAAGUGCGUGAAUCCUUGUCCCGGCACCUGUGGUCAAGGAGCAACCUGCAGGGUGAUCAACCACGCUCCAUCCUGCUCCUGUUUGCCCGGAUACACUGGAGACCCGUUCAACGUAUGCACCGGAAUAGAAGUAACACCUGAACCUUUGCCGAUCAACCCCUGCGAGCCUUCACCUUGUGGACCCAACAGCAACUGCCGCGUGCACAACGAACACGCGGUGUGUCUCUGUCAACCAGGAUUCGUCGGAGUACCACCCACCUGUCGACCAGAGUGCAUAGUCAGCUCAGAUUGUUCUCAGAACAAAGCGUGUAUCGACAACAAGUGCGCGGAUCCUUGUCCAGGUUCUUGCGGCUUGAAUACCAAGUGCCUGACGGUCAACCACAACCCUAUCUGCACGUGUCCAACUGGCUUCACCGGGAACCCGUUGAUACAGUGCGUCAGGUACCAGCCAACUCAACCGCCGUACAAGGAUCUGGGAAAUCCUUGCUCUCCGAAUCCCUGCGGUCCAAACUCGCAGUGCAGAGUGAUCGGCUCACAACCGGCUUGUUCGUGUCUUCUAAAUUUUGUGGGUCGCCCUCCAAACUGCAGACCCGAGUGCACGGACAAUUCGGACUGCUUCCACUCGGCUGCUUGUAUAGAACAGAGAUGUAAGAACCCCUGUCCGGGUGCUUGUGGAGAGCUUGCGAGGUGCACAGUUCAGAAUCAUGUGCCUAUAUGCACUUGUCCCGAAGGGUACGAAGGGGAUGCUAGUGUGCGCUGCGUCCUGGCACCUCCUCCAACUACGGACAUAAGCGUGUCCAAUCCGUGUCUGCCGAAUCCUUGCGGUCCAAACGCUCAGUGUCGCGAGAGGAACGGCGCGGGAGCCUGUGCAUGUCCGCCGGACUUCAUCGGAGAUCCCUACGACAACGAAAGAGGAUGCCACAGGGAAUGCGAGUCGAACAACGAUUGUGCUCCACAGUUGGCCUGCGUUGGAUUCAAGUGCUCAGAUCCUUGUCCCAGCACCUGCGGCACGCUAUCCAUCUGUAAAGUUCAACAGCACGUUCCAGUUUGCACUUGUCCUCCUGGAUACACUGGAGACCCGUACUACGCAUGCGAAAUUAAAGAGAUGACAAGAGUUCCACCAUUGGACCCAUGUUCACCAUCGCCGUGCGGACCUAAUAGCAAGUGCCGCGAAGUCAACGGCCAAGCAGUGUGCACCUGCCUUCCGGAAUACAGAGGAAUUCCACCGAAUUGUAGACCAGAGUGUGUUGUUAAUGCCGAGUGUCCAGCUCACUUAGCUUGUGUGAACAAGAAGUGCGCGGAUCCUUGCCUGAAUACCUGCGGACUGAGGGCACAGUGCACCACGAAGAACCACAACCCGAUCUGUACUUGUCCCGGUGGUUUCACAGGAGAUCCUUUCACCCAGUGUUCUCCUUAUGAUGUAAAUGUUCCACCGACCACCGAGAGACCACCGUCUUGCACUCCAUCGCCGUGUGGUCCCAAUUCCUUGUGCCAGAUCAUAUCCGGAAAUCCGGCGUGUUCCUGUCUGCCCAACUACAUCGGUGUGCCUCCAGAAUGUCGACCGGAGUGCAUACUAAGCUCCGAGUGCAAGAGUCACCUUGCUUGCGUGAACCAGAAGUGUCAGGAUCCUUGUCCAGGGUCCUGCGGUGUCAACGCUCAGUGCCACGUUCUGAAUCACAUACCAGUCUGCACGUGUAUGGAGGGAUUCACUGGAGAUCCAUUCACACAGUGCACCAUCAUCCCUCCGACUACUUUGCCACCUGUGAGCGAUCCAUGCAGUCCAUCGCCUUGUGGACCGAACGCGAUAUGCAACAACGGUGACUGCGAAUGUCUGCCAGAAUAUAUUGGCAACCCAUACGAAUCCUGUCGACCAGAGUGCAUCCUCAAUUCCGAGUGUCCUCGAGACAAGACUUGCCUAAAGAACAAAUGCAAGGAUCCUUGCCCAGGAACGUGUGGUCAGAACGCGGUUUGCGACGUGGUGAAUCACAUUCCGGUUUGCUCUUGUCUGACUGGCUAUGUUGGAGAUCCGUUCGUCAGCUGCCGUGUACAACCUCCAAUUUCCCAACCAUCGAAAGAUCCAUGCUCACCUGUCUCACCGUGUGGACCAAAUAGCCAGUGUCGCAACGUCGAGGACCACGCUGUGUGUUCUUGCCUUCAAGGCUACCUGGGCUCUCCGCCAUCUUGUAGACCAGAGUGUGUAGUCAGUUCCGAGUGUCCGCCAACUCGUGCUUGCAUCAACAAGAAGUGUACGGAUCCUUGCUUAGGGUCUUGUGGACUGAACGCUAGAUGCGAGGUCAUCAACCAUUCGCCGAUUUGCAGCUGUCUUUCUGGUCAGACCGGAGAUCCUUUCAAGAGUUGCUACGACAUUUCAAUUUCACCAGAAGUUAAAGAUAUGGGAGAUCCCUGCAAUCCUUCACCUUGUGGACCAAACGCUCAGUGCCAGAACGUAAAUGGAUAUCCAUCCUGUUCUUGUCUGCCUUCAUACAUCGGCACACCGCCAUCCUGCCGUCCGGAAUGUCUCAUCAACCCUGACUGUCCUACGGACAAGGCGUGCAUAAACUCGAAGUGUACAGAUCCUUGUCCUGGAUCUUGCGGCGAGAACGCCAGGUGUCUCGUGGUCAAUCAUGCUGUCACGUGUUCCUGUACGUCUGGAUAUACAGGAAAUCCAUUCGUCCAGUGCAUUGUAUUGGAAGAGGAAGCCAUCAACCCAUGUGAACCAUCACCCUGCGGGCCUAACGCUAUUUGCCAGCAGCGCGACAACGUGGGUGCCUGCAUCUGUAUCGACGACUAUCACGGAAAUCCUUACGAAGGGUGUCAACCAGAGUGCAUCCUCAGCUCCGACUGUCCAACCAACAAGGCCUGCGUUCGCAACAAGUGCGAGGAUCCUUGUCCAGGAGUGUGCGGCAUUCAGGCUCAAUGCUCGGUUAUCAAUCACAUUCCAACUUGCACUUGUCAACCCGGUUAUGUAGGAGAUCCCUUCACGAGCUGCACUCUGCCAAUAAGUCCGGUGACGGAACCCACAGUGGUCGAUCCGUGCAGUCCAUCUCCGUGUGGUCCUAACAGUCUGUGCCGAGCUGUCAAUGAUCAAGCCGUGUGCACCUGUCAGGAGUCCUAUGUUGGAUCACCUCCGAAUUGCAAACCUGAGUGCGUGGUCAACUCCGAGUGUCCACAAAAUAGAGCGUGUUAUAAGUACAAGUGUACUGAUCCUUGUCCUGGAACUUGUGGAAUGGGAGCCAAUUGCAGGGUGAUCAAUCACAAUCCGUUGUGCAGCUGUCCGCAGGGAACCACUGGAGAUCCUUUCUCCAGGUGCUAUCCUCAUACAGUGACACCAAUGCCACCAGUGGGUGAUCCUUGCAACCCAAGCCCAUGUGGCCUCUACGCAGAGUGCAGAGCAAUCGGCGACCAAGCAGCUUGCUCCUGCUUGAAGAACUACAUCGGACUUCCACCCAACUGCCGCCCAGAAUGCGUGGUCAACACCGACUGUCCAUCAACUCAGGCGUGCAUUUCCGAAAAGUGUCGCGAUCCCUGCGUUGGAUCCUGCGGUCAGAACGCAGACUGCAGAGUGCAGAACCACAUUCCUGUCUGCUUGUGCCAGGCGGGAUUCACUGGAGAUCCUUUCACGCUCUGCUCGCAGAUAAUAGAACAACCAAAAACACCGGAGGAUCGAUGCAACCCCUCACCUUGUGGACCAAACGCGGAAUGCAGCGACGGAGUUUGCACGUGUCUUCCGAAUUAUUUCGGCGAUCCUUACUCUUAUUGUCGUCCGGAGUGCACCAUGAACUCGGACUGUUCUCGAGUGAAAGCUUGCGUGAACCACUACUGUGUGGAUCCUUGCGUUGGCACUUGUGGAACCAGUGCGAAGUGUGAUGUGGUCAACCACAUUCCUAUGUGCAGUUGUCCUGCUGGGACCACUGGAGAUCCUUUCACAUUGUGUAGACAACACGUGCCUGAGGAACCACGUAAGCAGCCGUGCACGCCAUCUCCGUGCGGAGCAAACAGCAUCUGCAAAGUGGUGAACGACCACGCAGUCUGUUCUUGCCAAUCAGGAUUCAUUGGCAGUCCUCCAGCCUGCAGACCCGAAUGCGUGGUCAGUGCGGAGUGUCCUUUAACUCAGGCAUGUCUGAACAACAAGUGUCAGGACCCUUGUCCUGGUACCUGUGGACAGAAUACCAGGUGUCAAGUUGUCAAUCACAAUCCUAUAUGCAGCUGCCACGAGGGACACACCGGGGAUCCGUUCACCAGAUGCUACCCGAUGCCCAAGACCCCACCAGUACCAACGAACCCCUGCCAGCCCUCACCAUGCGGACCAAACGCGGAGUGUCAACAGAGAGGCGACAGUCCAGCUUGUUCGUGCAUCGCAAACUACAUCGGUGUUCCGCCAAAUUGUAGACCGGAGUGUACGAUAAAUCCCGAGUGUCCGCCGCACUUAGCGUGUAUGCAACAAAAGUGUCGCGAUCCGUGCGCGGGUUUGUGCGGUCUGAACGCGCAGUGUUCGGUAGUGAAUCACCACGCGGUGUGUGCUUGUGUCGAAGGUUACACCGGAAAUCCGUUCAGCGUUUGUGAGCCGUUCGCCAAGGAUACACCCCUAGACCUUAGGAAACCAUGCGAGCCUUCCCCGUGCGGUACCAACGCGAUUUGUCGCGAGAACAACGGCGUUGGUUCCUGUUCCUGUUUGCCAGACUACAUAGGUGACCCGUACGAAGGAUGCAGACCCGAAUGUACCCAAAAUUCCGAUUGCGCCAAGACGAUGGCCUGCGUGGGCCUCAAGUGCAGGGACCCUUGCCCAGGAACCUGUGGAUUGCAAGCCCGAUGCGAAACGAUCAAUCACGUGCCAGUCUGUUCUUGUAACCCCGGAUACACUGGCAACCCCUUCACCUAUUGUUCCCCGGCCUCUGUUGCUCCCACGCCGAAAGAUUCAGACCCGUGUAGUCCCUCCCCUUGUGGACCGAACAGUAAAUGUCGAAACGUGAACGACCACGCUGUGUGUACUUGCCUGACGAAUUUCAUUGGAAGUCCACCUAACUGUCGACCCGAGUGCGUGGUGAACAGCGAGUGUUCCUUGGAACUCGCGUGUAUCAAUCAGAAGUGUACCUCACCCUGCACGAACUCCUGCGGUAUCAAUACGCAGUGCAAGGUGAUCAACCACAGCCCCAUUUGCAUCUGCAACCUUGGAUACACCGGAGACCCGUUCACGAAAUGUUUCCCCGCGCCACAGCCGCCCCAGAACGCCGUGUCUUUACUCCCGAAAGACCCUUGCGUACCGUCGCCCUGUGGUAUGUACGCGGAGUGCAGGAUCUUCGCUGGCACUCCAUCUUGCUCCUGCUUGCCACGAUACGUCGGAUCCCCGCCCAACUGUCGACCAGAAUGUCGCGUCAACUCCGACUGUCCCAUGAACCUCGCGUGUUCCAGCGAGAAGUGCAGAGAUCCUUGCCAAGGAUCCUGCGGUGUCACCUCCAUGUGCACGGUUUACAACCACGUGCCCAUGUGCACUUGUCCCGAAGGAUACACCGGAGACCCCUUCAGUAACUGUUAUCCGAUACCCAUCCAGCCAACUAUGCCGGUCGUCACUGACCCUUGUGCCCUGUCGCCCUGUGGCCCUAACACUCGUUGCGACAACGGUGUCUGCACCUGUCUGCCAGAGUACCAGGGUGACCCUUACGUAGGCUGUCGACCGGAGUGUGUCUUGAACACGGAUUGUCCGCAAAAUCUUGCGUGUGUCAGAAACAAGUGUGUUGAUCCUUGCCCAGGCACUUGUGGUCAGAACGCACAGUGCCUGGUGCACAAUCAUAUACCCAUGUGCAGUUGUCCUAAUGGAAUGGUUGGAAACGCUUUCGUUCAGUGCUCUGUUCUUCAAGAUUCGGUAAAGAGGAACCCAUGUUCGCCAUCGCCUUGCGGACCUAACAGCGUCUGCAGAGAGAUCAACGAGCAGCCCGUCUGCUCCUGCGUGGCAGGAUUUCUGGGUGCACCACCUACCUGCAGACCGGAGUGCGCAGUCAGCUCCGACUGUCCCCUCACGGAAGCUUGUAGCAAUCAGAAGUGCAUAAACCCUUGUCCUGGUUCUUGCGGAUUCCGAGCCGUGUGUAACGUAGUCAAUCACAACCCUGUAUGCAGUUGUUUGCCAGAACACACUGGCGAUCCUUUCGUGCAGUGUAUUCCAAGACCACCCGAACCAGUAGUGCCAGAGAACGCGUGCGAGCCAUCUCCCUGUGGACCUAAUUCUCAGUGCCGCGUUAUAAACAACGCUCCCUCUUGCUCCUGUUUGCCAGAGUUCACAGGCUCUCCUCCCAAUUGUAGACCAGAAUGCGUCAGUAACAGCGAGUGUGCUAGUCACUUGGCUUGCGUCAACCAAAAGUGUAGAGAUCCUUGUCCUGGAUCCUGCGGAGCUAACGCAGAAUGUCGCGUAGUCAGCCACACACCCAUGUGUGUUUGUCCUAGCGACUUCACGGGUGAUCCUUUCACUCAGUGCACUCCUAAGCCACCUGUACCCAUUGAUCUGUCUCCCUGCAAACCAUCACCGUGUGGCUUCAACGCCAUAUGCAAGGAACAGAAUGGUGUCGGUUCCUGCUCCUGUUUACCCGACUACCUCGGCAACCCCUACGAAGGUUGUCGCCCCGAGUGUGUCGUCGACACGGAUUGUCCACCUACUUCGAGUUGCAUACGUUCGAAAUGCCAGGACCCAUGUCCAGGUACCUGCGGAACGAACACCGAGUGCAGGGUUAUCAAUCAUCGACCUGCUUGCACUUGCAUGCCUGGAUAUACCGGAAAUCCUUUCUACUGCUGCACCUUCAUUCGUGAAAUAGAAGAAACGAAGUACCAGGACCCCUGUCAACCUUCACCCUGCGGACCCAACAGUCAGUGUCGAGUGGUGAACGGUCAAGGAGUCUGCUCCUGUCUGCCAGAGUACACAGGAUCCCCACCCAUGUGUCGUCCCGAGUGCGUUCUGAAUUCAGACUGCCCUCAGGAUCGUGCAUGCGUGAAUCAGAAAUGCGUGAACCCAUGUCCCACCUCCUGUGGCACGUUCGCCACCUGCGUAAUCAGGAACCACAGUCCAAUUUGUGCCUGUAGAGAGUCGUACACCGGAGAUCCUUUCACAAGAUGUUUCCCCAUGCAACCUGUGCUUCCUUCAGCGGUCGAGGCGUCGCAACCGUGUUUGCCUUCCCCUUGUGGUCCAAAUUCCGAGUGCCGCGUGGUUAACAGCGGUCCAUCUUGCCAGUGUUUGCCCACCUACAUGGGAAGUCCUCCCAAUUGUAGACCAGAGUGCGUUAUAAACUCAGACUGUCCCAGUAAUCGAGCUUGCAUCAGACAGAGGUGUAUAGACCCCUGCCCAGGAUCCUGCGGAGUGUCGACUCAGUGCAGCGUGAUCAAUCACAUCCCCAUUUGCACUUGCAUUCAAGGCUACACCGGAGAUCCGUUCAGCAACUGUUACCCAACACCUCCACAACUACCACCUCCCGAAUCUGACCCCUGUAACCCGUCACCGUGUGGACCGAACGCGCAGUGCAACGCGGGAGCGUGCACCUGUUUACCAGACUAUCAGGGUGAUCCUUACACCGGUUGUCGACCGGAGUGUGUCCUUAACAACGACUGUCCUCUGAACAGAGCCUGCGUUCGCAACAAGUGCCUGGAUCCCUGCACAGGCAUCUGCGGCAGAGACGCGGUUUGCAAUGUCCUGAACCACGUACCCAUGUGCAGUUGUCCAACUGGUAUGGUUGGCAACGCGUUCAUAUCCUGUGACAAGAUGGAAGAACCAGUUCAGGCGAACCCCUGUAACCCGUCUCCUUGCGGACCCAACAGUCGGUGUCGAGCCAUAAACGACCAGGCUGUAUGUUCCUGCGUGCCAGGAUUCCUCGGUAACCCUCCCACCUGUCGGCCAGAAUGCGUGGUCAGUUCGGAUUGUCCCAGGAAUCAGGCUUGCAAUAACCAGAAAUGUAUCGACCCCUGUUCCGGCACUUGUGGCUUGAAAGCGCUCUGUCAAGUCGUCAAUCAUAAUCCUGUGUGCAGCUGCCCGUCCGGCUUUACAGGCGACCCCUUCACUAGAUGCGAAUUCAUCACUGUGAGCGCGCCACAAGAAGACACGUGCGCCUCCUGCCAAUGCGGUCCCAAUUCCGUGUUCCAAACGAUCAACGACAAACCGUCCUGCGCCUGUUUGCCCGACUUUAUCGGUUCCCCGCCAAACUGUAGACCGGAAUGCGUGAGCAACAGCGAGUGUUCGAGUAACUUGGCCUGCAUCAAUCGAAAGUGUCGAGACCCAUGCCCAGGCUCGUGUGGUUCCAACGCGGAGUGCCGUGUCGUCAGUCACACACCGAUGUGUGUCUGUCUCGGCGGCUACACCGGUGAUCCGUUCACACAAUGCAUCCUGAAAGGACCCGAGAUCGAACCCACGCCGCAGUCCCCCUGCACACCGUCGCCCUGCGGCCCUAACGCGAUAUGCAAAGAACAGAAUGGUGCAGGAUCCUGUUCUUGCGCCCCGGAUUACAUAGGAAACCCGUACGAAGGAUGUCGACCGGAAUGCACCGUGAAUUCCGACUGCCCCUCGAACUUGGCCUGCAUAAGAUCCAAGUGCCAGGAUCCUUGUCCUGGCACGUGUGCCCAGAACGCUGAUUGCGCGGUGAUAAAUCACCUGCCAAGCUGCACUUGUCUGGCUGGAUUCACGGGUGAUCCUUUCGUGAACUGUUACGUUCAACCGACAGCUCCCGUUGUCGAAGGAAAUCCAUGUAGUCCCUCGCCGUGUGGACCCAACAGCCUGUGCCGCGUUAACAACGGCCAGGCUGUCUGUUCUUGCCUUCCCGAAUACGUAGGCAGUCCUCCAGGAUGUCGACCGGAAUGCGUAGUCAGUUCAGAAUGUCCCUCGAACAGAGCUUGCGUUAAUCAGAAGUGUACCGAGCCCUGUGCCGGUCGUUGUGGCACCAACGCGGACUGCAGGGUCGUGAACCACAGUCCUAUCUGUGCUUGCAAGCUGGACUUCACCGGUGACCCAUUCACCAGAUGUUUCCCGACACCAAAACCAUUGCCCAGCCCCGUUGAAAACCCUUGUGUACCAUCACCUUGCGGACCCUACUCGGAGUGUCGCGAUAUCGGAGGCUCUCCAUCUUGUUCCUGUUUACCGAAUUACAUGGGCAGCCCGCCAAACUGUAGACCGGAAUGUACGAUAAAUCCCGAUUGCCCUAGCAAUCGAGCUUGUAUGAGCGAAAAGUGCAGGGACCCGUGUCCCGGCUCGUGCGGUUUCGGCGCCGUGUGCAACGUGAUUCAUCACACACCCGCGUGUUCUUGUCCCGAAGUUUUCACGGGAGACCCUUUCACUAAUUGCCAGCCGCUACCGCCUCAACCGGUAGAGACCCCGUCAGACCCUUGCAAUCCUUCACCCUGUGGCCCGAACGCGGAGUGCAAUGAUGGUGUUUGUUCUUGCCUUCCCGAGUACCAAGGAAACCCGUACGAACUAUGUCGACCCGAAUGUGUCCUCAACACCGACUGUCCCGCAAACAGAGCUUGUAUUCGUAACAAAUGCGCGGAUCCUUGCAUUGGAACUUGCGGACAGAACGCCGUCUGCAAUGUUUAUAAUCACGUGCCCAUGUGUAGCUGUCCGCCUGGAAUGUCUGGAAAUGCUUUCGUUAUCUGUUCCGUCUUACAAGGUGUCAUACUUCAUAUCCAAGUACUUUAUAUUCUUAAUUUUGUAGGAUAUUUCUGUUUUACACAACGUAAUUCUUUCAUAGAACCAGCACGACCGAUGGACCCUUGUAGACCCUCUCCCUGCGGUCCAAACAGUCAGUGUCGCGUGGUGAACGACCAAGCGGUGUGUUCUUGCGUUCAAGGCUACCUCGGCACUCCGCCAUCUUGCCGACCCGAAUGCGUAGUCAGUUCCGAUUGUCCGCGCAAUCAGGCCUGCAGCAAUCAGAGAUGCAUAGAUCCCUGCUUAGGUACCUGUGGUCUGAGGACUCAAUGCCAGGUUGCCAACCAUAAUCCCAUUUGUACUUGCCUCCCAAGGCACUCUGGAGACCCCUUCACCAGAUGCGACCCGAUAACGGAAACACCAGUCGUGCCAGUGAACCCUUGUCAGCCGUCUCCCUGUGGACCAAACUCCCAGUGCCGCGUGGUGAACGACGCACCCUCGUGCUCGUGUCUGUCCGAAUUCACUGGAACUCCGCCUAAUUGCAGACCGGAGUGCAUCAGCAACAGCGAAUGUCCCGCUCAUUUAGCCUGCAUGAAUCAAAAGUGUAGAGAUCCGUGUCCCGGUGCUUGUGGAUCGAACACGGCGUGCCGCGUUGUGAGCCACACGCCCAUGUGCGUGUGUCUGAGCGGAUACACUGGAGACCCAUUCAUCCAAUGCGUUAUGCAACUACCAACAAUUGUCGAGAACGCAUCGCCCUGCACCCCGUCACCCUGUGGAGCAAACGCUGCGUGUAAAGAGCAAAACGGAGCAGGUUCUUGCACCUGUUUGCCAGAUUACAUCGGAAAUCCCUACGAGGGAUGUCGUCCGGAAUGUACAGUGAACUCUGACUGCGUGUCCAACAUGGCCUGCGUUCGGUCCAAGUGCCAGGAUCCUUGUCCAGGAACUUGCGGUCAAAACGCAGUCUGUCAAGUGAUCAAUCACUCCCCAGCUUGCACAUGUAUGCCUGGUUUCACCGGCGAUCCGUUUAGAUACUGUAACCCCAUCAUGGAAUCCGAACCGAUUCCAAGAGAACCCUGCAAUCCAUCUCCGUGUGGACCGAACAGUCAAUGCAGAGUGGUCAACAAUCAGCCAGUUUGCACCUGUUUACCAGAGUACAUCGGAAGUCCCCCGGGAUGUCGACCCGAAUGCGUAGUGAGCUCGGAGUGUCCAACCAACAGAGCCUGCGUUAACAAUAAGUGUGUGAACCCCUGUCCACAGCCGUGUGGAUCGAACACCAACUGCAUGGUCCUGAAUCACAGCCCGAUUUGUAGUUGCAAACAGGCGUACACAGGAGAUCCUUUCAGUAGAUGCUUCCCUGUGCCAAAACCUGCACCUGGUCCGGUCUCACAGAACCCAUGUGUGCCUUCACCGUGUGGACCCUACGCGGAAUGUCGCGAUAUAGGCGGUGCACCUUCCUGUUCUUGUCUGUCGAUCUAUAUCGGCAGUCCACCUAAUUGCAGACCCGAAUGUACUAUAAAUUCCGAUUGUCCCAGUAGUCAAGCUUGCAUAAACGAAAGAUGUAGGGAUCCUUGUCCGGGAUCUUGUGGACUAUCGGCUACCUGUAACGUUAUCAACCACACACCGUCUUGUACUUGUCCUGAUGGUUUCACUGGAGAUCCGUUCGCGAACUGUUAUCCCAGACCAAUAGAAGAACCUGUAGUACCCGCGGACCCAUGCAAUCCCUCGCCCUGUGGUCCUAACGCAAUGUGCAGGGAUGGCACCUGUUCCUGUUUGCCGGAAUAUCAAGGCGACCCUUACACCGGUUGUCGACCCGAGUGUGUUCUGAACAACGACUGCUCCCCGAGUCAAGCUUGUAUCCGCAACAAGUGCGUGGACCCGUGUCCUGGAACCUGCGGUCAGAACGCACAGUGCAACGUCUACAAUCACGUCCCCAUGUGUAGUUGUCUGCCUGGCAUGACAGGAAAUGCUUUCGUUUCCUGUCGCCCGAGCAGAGGACCCGAAGACCCAUGCAAUCCAUCUCCUUGCGGACCCAACAGUGUCUGUCGCGUAGUUAACGAGCAAGCAGUUUGCUCUUGCGUGGCCAAUUUCAUUGGAACGCCUCCCUCCUGCAGACCCGAGUGUACCGUCAGUUCUGACUGUCCAAAGAACCAAGCUUGCAGCAAUCAGAGAUGCAUGAAUCCUUGCGCUGGGUCCUGCGGUGUGAGAGCCCAGUGUCAAGUGAUAAAUCACAACCCUGUGUGCAGCUGCCCUGCAGGCUUCACCGGCGAUCCUUUCGUUAGAUGCGAGCUAAAACCGGAAGAACCGUUAGUUCCUAUAAAUCCUUGCCAACCAUCGCCCUGUGGACCCAACGCGGUCUGCCAGGUGAUAAACGACUCGCCUUCCUGUUCUUGUUCGCCCGAGUUCAUCGGAACACCUCCAAACUGUAGACCAGAGUGCAUCAGCAACAGCGAAUGUCCCACACACUUGGCAUGCAUCAACAACAAGUGCAGAGACCCUUGUCCCGGCUCCUGUGGAGCUAACACCGACUGCCGCGUAGUGAGCCACACCGCAAUGUGCGUGUGUCUCGUCGGCUACGACGGCGAUCCCUUCACUCAGUGCUUCCAGAGACAAAACGAGAUGCAGCCAGUUCUUUCGACUCCCUGUACGCCAUCCCCCUGUGGUUCGAACGCUGUUUGCAAAGAGCAAGCCGGAGUGGGUGCUUGCACCUGUUUAUCCGAUUACGUUGGCAAUCCUUACGAGGGUUGUCGUCCAGAGUGUGUCAUGAACUCUGAUUGCAUGUCCACGCGUGCUUGCAUUCGCUCCAAGUGCCAGGACCCUUGUCCUGGAGCUUGCGGAACGAACGCCGAGUGCCAGGUUGUCAACCACUUACCAACCUGUACUUGCUUCCCUGGAUAUACUGGACAGCCUUAUCAAUUCUGUCAACCAAUCACGCAACCUGUUGAGGACAGGAGAGACCCAUGCUCCCCGUCACCCUGUGGACCAAAUAGUCGGUGUCAAGUCGUCAAUGAUCAAGCAGUCUGCUCCUGCUUACCACAGUUCAUUGGUACUCCGCCUGGAUGUCGACCAGAAUGCGUGGUCAGCUCGGAGUGUCCGACAAACCUUGCCUGUAUCAAUCAGAAAUGCCAGAAUCCUUGUCCUGGACCGUGUGGUCUGAACGCAGAGUGUAACGUUAUCCAUCAUAGUCCUAUCUGUGCCUGCAGACAGAGGUACACGGGUGACCCAUUCACGCGUUGCUUCCCAGUGCCAGAAAUUCCCUCUGCAGUGGUGCCUUUUAACCCCUGCGUUCCCUCCCCCUGCGGUGCAAACGCAGAGUGCCGCGAAAUCAACGGUCUAUCUUCCUGUUCCUGUUUGCCAAACUACAUCGGCAGCCCACCAAACUGUCGACCAGAAUGUACCGUGAACUCCGACUGCUCUCCCAACCAGGCUUGCAUGCGAGAAAAGUGUAGGGACCCGUGUCCCGGCUCCUGCGGUACCUUUGCUCAGUGCAGCGUCAUAAACCACGUGCCGGUUUGCAGCUGCAUGGAAGGUUAUACCGGAGACCCCUUCACCAACUGCAACCCGAAACCUCCACCACAACCGGUACUUCCCGAUGAUCCUUGCAAUCCAUCACCCUGCGGAGCGAACGCAGAGUGCAACAACGGAAUCUGCACUUGCUUAGCCGAGUACAGAGGCGACCCUUACGCGGGCUGCAGACCAGAGUGCGUCCUCAACACCGAUUGUCCCACGAAUCAGGCUUGCGUACGCAACAAGUGUGCAGACCCUUGUGUCAACACUUGUGGACAGAAUGCUGUUUGCAAUGUUUUCAACCACAUUCCGAUGUGCAGUUGCGCGCCGGGUACCAGUGGCAACGCUUUCGUUGUCUGUUCCCCUGUUCAAGAAACAAGUCCUGAAACACCAUGCAAUCCUUCUCCCUGCGGUCAAAACAGUCAGUGCCGCAGUGUCAAUGGACAGGCAGUCUGUUCCUGCGUGCCCGGUUACGUUGGCAGUCCUCCAUCUUGUCGACCAGAGUGUACCGUCAGUUCAGACUGUCCCAGGAACGAAGCCUGUAGCAACUUGAAGUGCGUGAAUCCGUGUGUAGGAAGCUGUGGCAUUCGUGCACAGUGUCAGGUCAUCAAUCACAAUCCCUUAUGCAGUUGUCCUGCGGGGUUGUCCGGGGAUCCGUUCGUCAGAUGUGACCCUAUCAUGGAAACGAAGCCGGAAAUCAUAAACGUGUGCAAGCCAUCACCUUGUGGUCCCAACGCCCUGUGUCAGGCGGUGAACGAUUCCCCGUCGUGUACCUGCAUGCCUGGGUUUAUCAAUUCUCCACCUAACUGCCGGCCAGAGUGUGUCAGCAAUAGCGAGUGCUUGGCACACCAUGCUUGCAUUAAUCAGAAGUGUAGAGACCCUUGUCCUGGAUCCUGUGGACCUAACGCAGAGUGUCGGGUGGUCAGUCAUACACCUAUGUGCGCUUGCCCCAGCGGGUUCUCGGGUGAUCCGUUCACGCAAUGCGUUCCAUUCCAAGAAUCGACUCCGGCAUCUCCCUGCACACCGUCACCCUGCGGUUCAAACGCAGUUUGCAAAGAGCAAAAUGGAGUUGGAUCCUGUAGUUGUCUACCGGAGUACAUCGGCAAUCCUUACGAAGGAUGCCGUCCAGAGUGUACAGUUAGCUCAGAUUGUCCGUCGAACCUCGCUUGUAUGAGAAAUAAGUGUCAGAACCCCUGUCCGGGAACCUGCGGGCAGGAUGCUGUCUGUCAGGUUAUUAAUCACUCACCUGUGUGCACUUGUGUUCCUGGUUUCACGGGUGACCCGUUCAGAUAUUGUCAACUGAUGAGAGAACCUGACAAAACGGAAGAUCAGACAGACCCUUGCAUUCCAUCGCCCUGCGGUCCAAACAGUCAAUGCCGCGUGGUUUCCGGAAACGCUGUAUGCUCUUGCCUCCCCGAAUACACCGGAAGUCCUCCCUCGUGUCGUCCCGAGUGCGUCGUGAGUUCCGACUGUCCCUCGAAUCGCGCCUGUGUGAAUCAGAAGUGUGUGAAUCCGUGUCCGCGCCCGUGUGGGCAGAAUACCAAUUGUCUAGUCGUCAAUCACAGUCCUAUAUGUACCUGCAAAGACGGAAAUACUGGCAACCCCUUUACCAGGUGUUUCCCUCUUCCACCUCAACCAACGUUACCUGAUCUACCUCAAAACCCUUGCGUACCAUCCCCUUGCGGUCCGUACUCGGAAUGUCGGGAUAUCGGCGGUGCGCCAUCUUGUUCCUGUUUAGCUAAUUACUUCGGCAGCCCACCGAAUUGUAGACCAGAGUGUACAGUGAAUUCAGACUGUCCCAGCGAUAGAUCGUGUAUCAGACAAAGAUGUACCGAUCCAUGUCCCGGGUCAUGCGGUCUGGCAACUCGGUGCACGGUUUUCAAUCAUCUACCGAUUUGUACUUGUCCCGAGGGAUUCACUGGCGAUCCUUUCAGCAGUUGCUCUCCUGCUCCACCAGUCGCGGUAGUACCCGAAGACCCAUGUAACCCAUCGCCUUGCGGUCCAAACGCACAGUGCAACAACGGUGUGUGCACGUGUUUAUCCGAAUACCAAGGCGAUCCUUACGUGGGUUGUCGACCAGAGUGUGUCCUGAACACCGACUGUCCUUUGGACAGAGCUUGCCUGCGCAACAAGUGCGUUGAUCCUUGCAUUGGCACUUGUGGUCAAAGUGCAAUUUGCAACGUGUACAACCACGUCCCCAUGUGCAGUUGUCCUAACGGAAUGUCGGGCAAUGCGUUCAUAUCUUGCGCUCCAUUCAGAGACCCUGUCGUGACAAAUCCCUGCAACCCAACACCCUGCGGGCCGAACAGUCAGUGCAGAGAAGCGAACGGACAAGCUGUAUGCACAUGUAUCCCCGGUUUUGUCGGUAUUCCACCAACCUGCAGACCGGAAUGCGUGGUGAGCACGGACUGUGGACCAACCGAAGCUUGCAUUAACCAGAAAUGCAGUAACCCUUGCGUCGGCUCGUGUGGAAUCAGAGCUACCUGCCAAGUGGUUAACCACAACCCGAUUUGUAACUGUCCACCUAGCAUGACUGGCGACCCGUUCGUGAGAUGUACCGAAAGACCGUUAGAAGCACCACCUCAGCAAAACCCCUGCGAACCGUCACCUUGUGGUCCAAACGCCCAGUGCCAGGUGGUCAACGAUUCCCCGUCGUGUUCCUGUCUACCAGAAUUCACUGGUUCUCCUCCUAAUUGUCGACCAGAAUGCGUAAGCAACAGCGAAUGUGCGAGUAACUUGGCGUGUAUCAAUCAGAAGUGCAGAGACCCUUGUCCUGGAUCCUGCGGCAUGAACGCUGUGUGCAACACGGUGUCCCAUACGCCCAUGUGCACUUGCUCUCCUGGAUACACUGGAGAUCCGUUCACCCAGUGUAUCGUCCAACAACUCAUACCAAUGUACGUACCAGAACCCUGCGUGCCAUCUCCGUGCGGAGCAAACGCUCAGUGCACGAAUCGAAACGGCGUGGGAGCAUGCUCCUGCUUGCCAGGGUAUCUGGGCAAUCCUUACGAGGGCUGCCGACCAGAGUGCGUUAUCAAUUCAGACUGCAUUCCCAGUAGAACUUGCGUUCGAUCCAAAUGCGUGGACCCCUGCCCUGGUACCUGCGGCCAGAACGCAGUCUGCCAGGUGGUGAACCACGUGGCGACUUGUAAUUGCUUGCCUAGGUUCACUGGAGAUCCGUUCAGAUUCUGUAGAGAGGAAGAGAUAGUUAAUUUACCGAGCAUGAGAAACCCCUGCCAGCCAUCACCUUGUGGACCCAACAGCGUCUGUCGAGAGAACAACGGUCAAGCAGUGUGCUCCUGUUUACCGGAGUACCUGGGUUCUCCACCAAGUUGUAGACCAGAGUGUGUGACGAGCUCAGAAUGUCCUUCCAAUCGCGCAUGUAUCAACCAAAAAUGCACCAAUCCUUGUCCUGAUCCUUGCGGAAGAAACACAGUCUGCAACGUCAUCAAUCAUAGCCCGAUAUGUUCCUGCCAGCAAGGAUUCACGGGAGACGCGUUCACAAUCUGCUUCCCUGUUCCACGUCCUCCACCAGAGGCAGUGAGACCUGCUCAACAAGAUCCUUGCUCGCCAUCGCCCUGUGGCCCGUAUUCUCAGUGCAGAGAUAUUGGUGGAAAUCCUUCAUGCUCUUGUUCACCUUCGUACAUCGGUACUCCACCUAAUUGCAGACCGGAGUGCACCAUAAACGCCGAGUGCCCUAGUGCACUUGCGUGCAUUCGGGAAAAGUGCUCGGAUCCUUGUCCGGGUUCUUGUGGAUUCGGAGCUAGGUGCUCUGUUCUUAAUCAUGUGCCGACUUGUUCUUGUCCUGAAGGAUACACUGGAGAUCCCUUCAACAGCUGUGUCCCGAGACCAGUCAUAUCCGAAGAACCAGUGACGGACCUUUGCAACCCUUCGCCAUGCGGCGCGAACACCCUAUGUCGCGAUGGGGUUUGCACGUGUCUCCCAGAAUUCCAAGGAGAUCCUUACAGUGGUUGUCGUCCUGAGUGCGUCAUGAACAACGAUUGUCCUCGUGACAGAGCAUGCAUAAGAAACAAAUGCGUAGAUCCUUGCAUAGGAACGUGUGGACAGAACGCACAGUGUCAAACGAUCAAUCAUGUUCCCAUGUGCAGUUGUCCGACUGGGAUGUCAGGGAACGCUUUUGUUUCUUGUUCUCCAGUGCAGGAAGCCGUAGUAACGAACCCAUGUUCUCCAUCACCAUGUGGACCGAACAGUCACUGUCAAGAAGUGAAUGGCCUCCCAGUCUGCAAAUGCAUAGAAGGUUUCACAGGAAAUCCACCUACCUGUCGACCCGAAUGUGUCGUCAGUUCCGACUGCGAUUUGUCGAAGGCUUGUAUUAAUCAGAAGUGCAGAGAUCCUUGCCCGGGAUCCUGCGGUUUAAGAGCAGAAUGCUCGGUGGUCAAUCACAACCCCAUCUGUAGGUGUCCUCAAGGUCUGACCGGUGAUCCUUUCGCUUCUUGCACGAUUAUAGUCGAAAUGUCUCCAGAACCGAUCAAUCCCUGUUACCCAUCACCGUGCGGUCCAAACGCUCAGUGUCAAGUCGUGAAUCAAGCACCCUCGUGCUCGUGUUUACCCGAAUUCACGGGAUCGCCACCGAACUGUAGACCCGAAUGUGUCAGUAACAGCGAAUGCCCGAUUCGCCAAGCUUGCAUCAAUCAAAAGUGUAGGGACCCUUGUCCCGGCCUGUGCGGAGCUAACGCCGAAUGUAGCGUGUUCAGCCACACUCCGACGUGUUCCUGUACUUCAGGCUUUACGGGAGAUCCUUUCACCCAGUGUACUCCUCUCCAAAUUGCCGACGAAAGACCCACACCUUGCACGCCAACACCCUGCGGCGCUAACGCUGUGUGCAAAGUGUCAGGAAACGCGGGAGCGUGUUCCUGUUUACCCGAUUACAUCGGAAACCCCUACGAGGGUUGCAGACCAGAAUGCAUGGUGAAUUCCGACUGUCCAGCGAACUUAGCGUGCGUCAGAUCGAAGUGCCAGGAUCCGUGUCCUGGUGCUUGUGCACAGAACGCGGUGUGCAACCCUGUCAACCAUUCACCGAUGUGCUCGUGUCUUCAAGGAUACAGGGGCGACCCCUUCAGAUAUUGCAGUCUAAGUCCGAUGAAUCAAGCAGACGUGAUAGUGAACCUCUGCAACCCUUCACCCUGCGGGCCCAACAGCGAAUGUCGCGUGAACAACAACCAAGCAGUCUGCUCUUGUCUCUCUUCCUACAUCGGCAGUCCUCCGAAUUGCAGACCCGAGUGCGUAGUCAGCACCGAGUGCCCUUUGACCCGAGCGUGCGUGAACCAGAAAUGUGUCGACCCGUGUCCCAACUCGUGUGGAGUUAACGCCAACUGCAGGAUCAUUAAUCACAGUCCUAUUUGCUUCUGCAACAAUGGAUUCACCGGUGACCCGUUCACCGCCUGUUUCCCUGCUCCUGCUCCUGUAGAGACACCGUCAGUGCAAAGGGACCCAUGUUCACCGUCACCUUGCGGUCCCAACGCGAUUUGUCAAAACGUAGGACAGACACCAGCUUGUACUUGUUUGCCAUAUUAUCGUGGCAGUCCACCAAAUUGCAGACCAGAGUGUACCAUCAAUUCCGAGUGUCCUAGUAAUCAAGCUUGUAUUCAGGAGAGGUGUAGAGACCCUUGUCCAGGAUCGUGUGGCUUCAACGCCCAGUGUACCGUGUUCAAUCAUGUACCCAUGUGCUCCUGUAUCGAAGGGUACACUGGAGAUCCCUUCAGUAGUUGCAGCCAACAGAUGAAACCUCCCGAAACAAACGAAGUAGACUUAUGCAAUCCAUCCCCUUGUGGCCCGAAUGCUCAAUGCGACAACGGAAUUUGCUCGUGUCUGCCUGAUUAUUAUGGAGAUAGCACUCUUGGUUGUCGACCGGAGUGUGUACUGAACAAUGAUUGCUCUCGAGAUAGAGCUUGUGUGAGGAACAAGUGCGAGGAUCCUUGUAUUGGCACUUGUGCAAGCAAUGCUGUAUGCAACGUGGUCAAUCAUGUGCCUAUGUGCAGCUGUCCUGAUGGUUUCGAAGGAAACGCUUUUGCGUACUGUCGACCUGCUAUAGCUCAGCUUCCAUCAACCCCAUGCACCCCAUCACCUUGUGGACCCAACAGCCAGUGUCGAGCAAACAACGGCCAAGCAAUUUGUAGUUGUGUGCCCGGUUACCUAGGAAAUCCACCGAACUGUCGUCCAGAGUGUAUAGUUAGCUCCGAGUGUCCCCCCAACCAGAUUUGCACCAACCAAAAGUGUAGAGAUCCUUGUAUAGGUACAUGUGGUCUAGGUGCUCGUUGCACGGUGGCAAAUCGCAACCCUAUAUGUCACUGUCCGGAAGGACUCACGGGAGAUCCGUUUGUCAGAUGCAUUCCACUUCCACCAACGCCACCGGAACCGAUAAACGUCUGUCAGCCCUCGCCUUGUGGACCUAAUGCUCAGUGUCAAAUCUCGGGAGAUUCACCUUCCUGCACCUGUCUUCCCGAUUUCAUUGGCUCCCCGCCGAAUUGCAGGCCCGAAUGUAUCAGCAACAGCGAGUGUCCCAGUCAGCAGGCUUGCAUAAACCAGAAAUGUAGAGAUCCUUGUCCGGGAUCUUGCGGGACGAAUGCUCAGUGUCGAACGGUCAGUCACACUCCGAUGUGCUACUGCGAGACUGGGUACACCGGUGAUCCCUUCACUCAAUGCUUCGUCAGGCCUAUUGAAGACACCACGACAAAAGUGAACCCAUGUUUACCUUCUCCCUGCGGUUCCAACGCGCAAUGCACCGAGAGAAACGAAGUAGGCUCCUGCGCCUGCCUUCCUGGUUACUUAGGAAAUCCUUACGAAGGAUGCAGGCCAGAAUGUGUCCUAGACUCUGAUUGCUCUCCCACUCGAGCUUGCAUCAACUCCAAAUGCGUGGAUCCUUGUCCAGGCACGUGUGGAACCAAUGCCGAAUGUCGCGUUGUCAACCAUCGGGCUACUUGCUCGUGUUACCCCAGUUACACCGGUGAUCCUUAUCGAUACUGUUCCAUUCAACCAGUUGUUCCUGAAGUCAGUGUAAAAGACCAGUGCGGAAAUGCUCAGUGUGGACCAAACAGUCAGUGCAGAGUAGUCAAUCAGGUGGCUGUUUGCUCCUGUCUGCCAACUUAUAUUGGUACACCUCCAUCUUGUAGACCGGAGUGCGUCACCAGUUCGGAAUGUGCUUCUGAUAGGGCUUGCGUGAGACAGAAAUGCGUGAAUCCGUGUCCAUCCUCUUGUGGACAGAACGCGGAUUGUAGGGUGAUCAAUCACGCGCCCCUUUGUAGUUGCUCGAGGGGAUACACCGGUGAUCCUUUCACCGUUUGCUUCCCCAUUCCGUUAACACCACCCGUUCAAAACGACGUCGUUCCUAAAGACCCAUGCAUUCCCUCGCCGUGCGGUGCUUACUCAGAAUGUCGGAACAUUGGUGGAGUACCGUCCUGUUCGUGUCUAGCCACGUACACCGGAAGUCCUCCAAACUGUCGUCCGGAAUGUACCAUUAACCCAGACUGUCCACCCAAUCAGGCUUGCAUACGACAAAGAUGUAAAGACCCUUGUCCCGGCUCGUGUGCACUGCAAGCUCAGUGCAGCGUUAUCAAUCAUGUCCCAACUUGCACUUGUCCUCCGGGUUACACGGGAGACCCCUUCACCAACUGCUUCGUCGAACCAACUCGCCCCAUCGAAACUGACCCAUGUGCGUCUGCACCUUGCGGGUCGAACGCUCGUUGCGACAACGGUGUUUGCAGCUGUUUGCCAGAGUACUCUGGCGAUCCCUACACGGGUUGUAGACCGGAGUGUGUGCUAAGCAACGAAUGUCCGACUACGCGAGCUUGCGUUAGGAACAAGUGUGUCGAUCCUUGUCCCGGUGUUUGCGGACAGAACGCUGUGUGCAACGUGUUCAACCACGUGCCUAUGUGCAGCUGCCCCUCGGGAAUGUCGGGAAAUGCUUUCGUUCUGUGUUCUCCUAUGCAAGCGACGGCCGUAAAUGAUCCUUGCAACCCCUCGCCCUGUGGACCAAAUAGUCAGUGUAGAACAAACAACAUGCAAGCUGUUUGUUCUUGCAUAAGCGGAUACAUCGGUGCACCACCAAUGUGUAGACCCGAAUGCGUAGUCAGUUCAGACUGUCCACUAAACGAGGCGUGUUCCAAUCAAAAAUGUCAGAACCCUUGCCUAGGAAGCUGUGGACUGAACGCAGUCUGCAACGUGGUCAAUCACAAUCCUGUGUGCACAUGUCGGGAGAGAAUGACGGGUGACCCAUUCGUCAGAUGCCAGCCGAUGCCUGAAAGACCGGUACCUCCACUCAAUCCGUGUCUGCCAUCCCCCUGCGGUCCAAACGCGGAGUGCCAGGUGGUGAAUGACCAGCCAUCCUGUUCCUGUCUUCAAGAGUUCAUAGGAUCACCCCCGAACUGCCGACCCGAAUGCGUCAGUAAUAGCGAGUGUCCUAAUCAACAAGCUUGCAUCAACCAAAAGUGUCGAGACCCUUGCGUAAACUCCUGCGGUGUGAACGCCAUUUGUAACGUUGUCAGCCACACACCGAUGUGUGCGUGCACGAAUGGCUACACUGGGGAUCCGUUUACACAGUGUAUACCACAGAAAUUCGACGUUCAAGUACCCAGACCAGACCCUUGCACUCCAUCACCCUGUGGUGCAAACGCGAUAUGUCGAGUUCAACAGAAUUCGGCUUCCUGCUCUUGCCAGAACGACUACAUCGGUAACCCUUACGAAGGAUGCAGGCCAGAAUGUACCCUCAGUUCCGACUGUCCGUCCAAUCAAGCUUGCAUCAGAUCCAAGUGCAGAGACCCAUGUCCCGGCACUUGUGCUCAAAAUGCUCAGUGUUACGUGAUCAAUCACGCUGCUACUUGCAACUGCCCCGAAGGAUACACCGGUGAUCCGUUCUACCUCUGUACCCCUUUCUUAGAACAACAGCCUAAUGUAGCCAAUCCCUGCGAACCGUCACCUUGCGGACCCUACAGUCAAUGUAGAGAAUCGAACGGUCAAGCCACGUGUUCCUGCAUGCCAAAUUACAUUGGAACACCUCCUAAUUGCAGACCAGAGUGCAGCGUUAACUCUGACUGUCCUCUGAACCUUGCGUGCAGGAAUAAUAAGUGCGUUGAUCCUUGUCCCAACUCUUGCGGGCAACAGAGUACUUGUAGGGUGGUGAACCAUAGCCCUGUCUGCAGUUGCAAGCCAGGGUUCACUGGUGACCCGUUCACCUACUGCUUCUACAGUCCACCCGUUGCCGUGGUCGAAACACCGGUUGAUCCCUGCGUCAAUUCACCCUGCGGACCGAACUCGCAAUGUCGUAACAUCAACGGGUCACCUUCGUGUUCUUGCUCAGUCAAUUACAUCGGUGUCCCACCCAAUUGCCGUCCAGAGUGUGUUACUAAUACCGACUGCCCCAGAAGUCAGGCUUGCAUUCGCGAGAAGUGUCAGGAUCCUUGUCCUGGAUCUUGCGGUCUGAACAGUGUGUGCGCUGUUCACAAUCAUGUUCCGAUUUGUACUUGUCUGGAGGGAUACACGGGAGAUCCUUUCAAUAUUUGCCAGCUUAAACCAAUGCCUGUCGAGGAACCUGUGACAGACCCAUGCAGGCAAUCUUCUUGCGGUCCGAACGCUCAGUGCAACAAUGGUGUUUGCACUUGUUUACCCGAAUACUUCGGAGACCCCUACAUCGGUUGUCGCCCAGAAUGUGUUCUCAGUUCGGACUGCUCGGCAGACAAAGCGUGCAUAAGGAACAAGUGCGUUGAUCCUUGCCCAGGAGCUUGCGCUCAGAACGCCGUGUGCAAUGUCAUCAAUCACAUACCCAUGUGCAGUUGUCCCCCACAGACUAGCGGAAACGCCUUGGUUCUAUGCUCUCCCGUACGAGUUCCAACAACGACAAGACCGUGCAAUCCAUCCCCAUGCGGUCCCAACAGCAUAUGUAGGGAAGUGAACGAUCAAGCUGUGUGCACAUGUGCUCCAGAUUAUUUUGGAACACCACCUCUGUGUAGACCAGAAUGUACCAUUAGCUCAGACUGUCCUAAGAACCAGGCUUGCGUGAAUCAGAAAUGCAGAGAUCCGUGUCCAGGAACGUGCGGUGUUCAGGCGACGUGUCUUGUGGUGAACCAUAACCCCGUGUGCUCUUGCCCGGAACGGUUUACGGGAGAUCCGUUCAUCAGAUGCGAUAUGAUCAAAGAAGUAAUAGUGCCCACGAACCCUUGCCAACCGUCACCCUGCGGUCCAUACUCUCAGUGUCAGGUGAUCAAUGACAUUCCAUCCUGUACCUGUCUGCCCGAGUACCAAGGCAGCCCGCCCAACUGCAAACCCGAGUGCAUCUCAAACUCCGAGUGCCCCAGCCACCAAACGUGCGUUCGUCAAAAGUGCAGUGACCCUUGCCCGGGUCUCUGCGGGGAGAGUGCAGAAUGUCACGUGACGUACCACGUACCGAACUGCGUGUGCUCGAACGGUUUCACCGGCGACCCGUAUACCCGUUGUUCAGUAAUAAUUCGUGACCCGGAACCCUCACCCUGCGCCGAAGGUGUUUGCGGCACAAACGCGUUGUGCAGAGAACGGGACGGUGUCGGAAUUUGUUAUUGCCCCCCUGAAUACGUUGGCAAUCCUUACGUAGGCUGUAGACCCGAGUGCGUGAUUAACCCUGAUUGCCCGUCCAGCAAAACGUGUGUCAGAAACAAGUGCCAAGACCCUUGUCCUGGAACCUGUGGCCAGAAUGCCGAAUGCGCGGUCGUUAAUCACCAACCCCUCUGCAACUGUAGACCCGGCUUUACGGGCGACCCGUUUGUCGUGUGUACCAUGGACAUAAUAGUCCCGAAAGAGAACGUCUGUAGUCCAUCACCCUGCGGACCCAACAGCCAGUGCAAAGAGGUAUCAGGUCAGGCAGUGUGCUCGUGUCUACCCACCUACGUAGGCACUCCACCCGGUUGUAGACCCGAGUGCGUAUCUAGCUCCGAGUGCCCUACUCAACUCGCCUGCAAGGACUACAAAUGCGUGAACCCGUGCCCGAGCCCCUGCGGUCUGAACACCAAAUGCAUCGUGGUUAACCACAGUCCCAUCUGUAGUUGUAUGCCAGGAUAUAGCGGAGAUCCCUUCACGACCUGUACACCGAUACCACCUCCUAUGGUCCCUGGCCCGACGGAGAAAGACCCGUGCGUACCAUCUCCCUGCGGCAAUUUUGCCCAGUGCAGAAAUAUCCGUGGUUCGGCUGCCUGUAGCUGCUUAGGAGACUACAUCGGUCAACCACCUAACUGCAGACCCGAGUGCACGAUUAACUCCGAGUGUCAGAGUAACAUGGCGUGCAUUAACAUGAAAUGCAGAGAUCCGUGUCCUGGUUCUUGUGGCUCUGGCGCCGUUUGCGCGGUCGUUAACCACAUCCCCGUGUGCAACUGUCCCGAAGGUUUCACCGGCAAUCCGUUUACUGUCUGUCAGUUACUUCCAGCCAUACCCACUCCAGCACCGGUAGAAGACGAAUGUGCCCUGUCACCUUGCGGCCCCAACGCGGAGUGCUCGAACGGCGCUUGCGCGUGCUUGCCAGAGUUCCAAGGAAACCCGUACCUAGGAUGUCGACCCGAGUGUGUCCUAAACUCAGACUGCCCUCGAGACAGAGCCUGUUUGCGUAACAAGUGCAUGGACCCCUGUCCAGGAACCUGCGGCAUCGCUGCCGUUUGCACGGUUAUCAAUCACGUCCCGAUGUGCAGCUGCCCUGGAAACAUGACCGGAAACGCGUUCAGUCAGUGCACCCCUCUGCAAGACAUGACACCCGUCAAUCCGUGUAGCCCGACACCCUGCGGACCCAAUAGCGAGUGUCGCGUUGUGAACGGUCAAGCGGUUUGCUCGUGCAUCAGAGGAUACCUAGGAAGUCCACCCACCUGUAGACCCGAGUGCAUAGUGAGCACAGACUGCCCGCAAAACGAAGCGUGCAGUAACCAGAGGUGCAUCAAUCCCUGCCCCGGAACUUGCGGAAUCGGAGCCCAGUGCAACGUUGUCAACCAUAAUCCCAUAUGCAGUUGUCCGUUGAGUUUCACCGGUGACCCGUUUGUCCAAUGCAUCCCCAUCACGGAACAGCCUGUAGUAGACCCUUGCCAGCCAUCACCCUGCGGUCCGAACUCCCAGUGUCAGGUGAUCAACGACUCACCUUCGUGCUCCUGCAUGCCCGAAUUCACCGGCAGUCCACCCAAUUGCAGGCCAGAAUGCGUUAGCAACAGCGAAUGUCCUAGCCAGUUAGCGUGUAUCAAUCAGAAGUGCAAGGAUCCUUGCAUCGGAUCCUGCGGAGCGAGUGCUAACUGUUACGUUGUCAGUCACACCCCCAUGUGUACUUGCCUGAGUGGCUACACCGGUGAUCCGUUCACUCAGUGCAUCUUCAAAGAACCUACGAGCACACCCGUACCUGCCGAUCCCUGCAACCCAUCUCCUUGCGGAUCCAACGCCGUUUGCAAAGAACUGAACGGCGCAGGCUCGUGCACCUGCAUUUCCAAUUACAUCGGCAAUCCCUAUGAAGGAUGUCGACCGGAGUGUCUCUUGAAUACCGAUUGCCCUUCGAAUCAAGCUUGCAUGAACAACAGAUGUAGAGAUCCUUGUCCUGGAACCUGUGGUCGCAACGCGGAGUGUCACGUCAUCAAUCACUUACCGGUAUGCGAGUGCUACCCUAAACACACUGGCAAUGCUUUCGUUCUCUGUACACCCAUCCGACCAGAAAUUGAUCAAGCAAUCAGUCGUCCCUGUAAUCCAUCUCCGUGCGGACCUAACAGUCAGUGCAGAGCAAUCAACGGGCAAUCAGUUUGCUCGUGUUUGCCUGAAUUCAUAGGCAGCCCACCAGCUUGCAGACCCGAGUGCACGGUUAGCGCCGAGUGCGCCUCGAACUUGGCUUGUAUCAAUCAAAAGUGUAGCGACCCUUGUCCUGGAUCGUGCGGUUCGAAUACUAGGUGCGAAACGAUUAAUCACAGAGCCAUAUGCUCCUGUCAGCCAGGAUUCACCGGUGACCCGUUGGUUACCUGCUUCGAUAUACCAAUGGAUAAACCUGCACCCGUGCCAUCAUACGUGAACCCGUGCGCACCCUCUCCAUGCGGUCCCUACUCGGACUGUCGCAACAUAAAUGGCCAGGCUUCCUGUGCCUGCUUAGCAGACUACAUGGGAACCCCGCCAAAUUGUAGACCGGAGUGUAUAAGAAACUCAGACUGUCCAAGCAACCAGGCGUGCAUUCAGAAGAAGUGUCGUUACCCUUGCGAUGGUGUCUGCGGUGUGGGCGCUCAGUGCUCCGUGAUCAACCACACUCCAAUGUGUACUUGUCCCGACGGAUUCUCUGGCGAUCCUUUUGUUAGAUGCUCGUUUGCUCCAGUACAAGAAGAGAAACCCGUGGAUUCGUGUGUCAAUUGCGGUGCGAACACGCAAUGUGUGGAUGGAGUCUGCACCUGUUUGCCGGAGUACCAGGGAGACCCGUACUUGGGCUGUCGUCCGGAAUGCGUUCUGAACUCGGACUGUUCUAGAGACAGGGCGUGUAUUAAGAACAAAUGUAACAAUCCUUGCAAUGGAACUUGUGGUCAGAAUGCAGAGUGCUCCGUUGUUAAUCACAUUCCAGUCUGCACUUGCCCUCCGGGAACGUCCGGAAACGCGUUCGUAGUCUGUUCUCCUCUUCAAGUAUUAACACCCAAAGACCCGUGCAACCCGUCGCCUUGCGGACCCAAUAGUCAGUGCCGAAAGAUAAACGACCAAGCUGUUUGUUCAUGCAUUCCCGGCUACCUAGACACGCCACCAAAUUGUAGACCCGAGUGCAUCCUCAGUUCCGAUUGUCCGACAAACAUGGCCUGCAACAACCAGAAAUGCGUAGAUCCCUGUCCAGGCACUUGCGGUAUCAGAGCCGAGUGCGUGGUCGUCAACCACAACCCGAUUUGUAGCUGCCCUGCUGACCUCGUAGGCGAUCCCUUCUCGAUGUGCAUUAGAAAACCGGAAGAACCACAAGUUGUGAACCCGUGCGUCCCAUCACCGUGCGGUCCUAACAGUCGAUGCCAAGUAGUGAACAACUCGCCAUCUUGCUCGUGCUUGCCGGAAUUCCUUGGAUCCCCACCAAACUGCAAACCAGAGUGCAUCAGCAACAGCGAGUGCUCUACGCAUUUGGCCUGCAUCAACCGGAAGUGUCGUGACCCAUGCCCUGGUUCCUGUGGCGCGAAUGCGGAGUGUCGAGUGAUCAGUCACACGCCGAUGUGCGUUUGCUCUUACGGUUUCGUUGGUGAUCCGUUUAUACAAUGCGUUGCACGACCAGCUAUGGAGGACAAGGUAGAGAAACCCACCCCGUGCGUACCAUCACCCUGCGGGUCAAACGCAAUGUGUAACGAACUGAAUGGCGCCGCAGCCUGCAAAUGUCUUCCCGAUUACAUCGGCAAUCCCUACGAGGGCUGUCGACCCGAGUGUAUCAUCAAUUCCGACUGCACGGCCAAUCAGGCUUGCGUUAACUCCAAGUGUCAGAAUCCUUGUCCAGGAUUCUGUGGCUACAACGCAGUCUGCCAGGUUGUCAACCACGCUCCACUUUGCACUUGUCAGAUCGGUUACUCCGGUGACCCAUUCGUUCAAUGUAACAUCAUCCAAGAAGCACCGAAACCAGCUGACCCUUGCAGUCCCACGCCUUGCGGUCUGAACAGUCAAUGUCGCGUGUCCAAUGGACAGGCUAUUUGUUCCUGCUUGCCCACCUUCAUGGGAACCCCGCCAUUCUGUAAACCAGAGUGCACGGUCAGCUCAGACUGCGCCACGAAUCGCGCUUGCAAGAAUCGCAAAUGCGUUGACCCUUGUCCUGGAAUCUGCGGUAUUAACGCGAGGUGCGAGGCGAUUAACCAUAGUCCGAUUUGCAGCUGUAACGUGGGUCACACCGGUGAUCCGUUCGUGAGAUGCUUUAAACUUCAACCGAUGCCCGAAACUGUAAACCCUUGUGUUCCAUCACCGUGCGGUCCAUUCUCCGUGUGCCGUGUUCUCGGCAACGCGGAAUUGCCAAGUUGCUCGUGCAUGGACAACUACAUAGGAACUCCGCCCAACUGUCGACCAGAAUGCACCAUCGAUUCGGAAUGUACCAGCAACAGAGCUUGCCUGAGACAAAAGUGCACAGAUCCUUGCCCAGGAUCAUGUGGCACUGGAGCUCAGUGCUUAGUCGUGAACCACAUGGCCGUCUGUACAUGUCCCAAAGGAUACACCGGCGAUCCAUUCGUCAACUGUUUCUUAGAAUCACCUCCAUCUCCACCGGUUCCUCAAGACUCCUGCAAUCCCUCGCCAUGCGGGUCGAACGCGAUGUGUCGCAACGGCGUGUGUACUUGCCUGCCCGAAUAUCACGGUGACCCCUACUACGGAUGUCGUCCAGAAUGCGUCCAGAACCCAGACUGCCCACUCGACAGAGCUUGCAAUCGCAACAGGUGUUUCGACCCCUGCGCUGGCGCCUGCGGUCAGAACGCCGAGUGCGUGGUGAUCAAUCACACUCCCAUGUGCAAUUGUCCGGAUGGCAUGUCUGGAAACGCGUUCACCGCCUGUUACCCGGUCAAAGACCCAGUAGUAGUUGAACCUUGCAACCCGUCACCCUGCGGCCCCAACAGUAGAUGCCAGGACAUCGGCGGACAGGCAGUAUGUUCGUGCGCCCCAGGUUACAUCGGAAACCCUCCAGCCUGUCGUCCAGAGUGUCUCGUGAACAGCGAUUGUCCGUUGAACGAGGCGUGCGUGAAUCUGAAGUGUAGAGACCCCUGUCCUGGGUCCUGCGGAGUGUCAGCCCGGUGUCAAGUGGUGAACCACAACCCCAUUUGCAGUUGCCCUGCAGUGUUCACCGGCGAUCCGUUCGUGCGAUGCAUACCCAGACCGGAGGAACCUGUACAACCGACAAAUCCAUGUCAACCAUCACCGUGUGGACCCAACGCAGAUUGUCGAGUGAUCAAUAACUCUCCAUCCUGUUCCUGCAAGUCGGAGUUCAUUGGAACACCGCCAAAUUGCAGACCCGAAUGUGUCAGUAACAGCGAGUGCAGUAGCCAAUCGGCGUGCAUUAAUCGCAAAUGCAGAGACCCCUGUCCAGGUUCCUGUGGCGCGAAUGCGGAAUGUCAUGUUGUCAACCAUAUUCCAGCUUGUAGUUGCAUGAGGGAUUUUACGGGAGAUCCGUUCGUUCAGUGCACUGCCAAGCAACCGGAGCCAGUGAUUCCGGCACGACCCUGUCAGCCGUCCCCCUGCGGAGCUAACGCCAUUUGUCGAGAGCAAAAUGGCCUUACUUCCUGCACCUGUUUGCCCGAGUACGUCGGCAAUCCUUACGAAGGAUGUCGACCGGAAUGUACCAUUUCUUCGGACUGUCCCUCGCAGUUAUCUUGUAUCAGGUCUAAGUGCCAGAAUCCUUGCCCCGGUUCUUGCGGCGCCAACACCAACUGUCAGGUCGUUAACCACUUACCCGUGUGCACUUGCAUUCCGCAAUACACCGGUGACCCGUACGUCAAUUGCAUGUACAAGAUGCCAACACUCGACGAAGAGGAACGUGACGUGUGCAGUCCAUCACCUUGCGGCCCCAACAGCCAGUGCCAGAACGUCAAUGGCCAGGCCGUGUGCUCUUGCAUGCCUCAGUACAUAGGAACUCCGCCUAAUUGUAGACCAGAGUGCGUAGUGAACUCGGAGUGCAAUUCGAACCUCGCGUGUAUCAAUCAGAAGUGCAGAGAUCCCUGUCCUGGUACCUGCGGUCGCAACGCGCAAUGUAAAGUCGUUCAUCACAGUCCAAUUUGUAGCUGCGGAAACGGUAUGACGGGAGACCCAUUCGUGUUCUGUUUCUCUGCUCCAAUGCCUAAGCCAGAAGACCGGUACCCGAAAGACCCGUGCGUUCCAUCCCCUUGCGGUCCAAACGCGAUGUGCAAAGCUAUCGGAGACACCCCGGUUUGCACUUGUAUGAACAACUACAUCGGAGUACCUCCCAACUGUCGACCAGAAUGUUCCAUCAAUUCAGACUGCAUAGCGAACAGAGCUUGCAUUCGGGAGAAGUGUAGAGAUCCCUGCCCAGGCUCCUGUGGCAUUGCCGCUCAUUGCACGGUCGUGAACCACACGCCGGCUUGCACUUGUCCCGAAGGAUACACCGGUGAUCCUUUCACCAGCUGCUCUCCUACACCUUCAACGCCCAUAACGGAAGCCCCGUCAGACCCCUGCAACCCAUCACCGUGUGGACCAAACGCACAGUGCGACAACGGUGUUUGCACGUGCAUAUCCGGUUAUUUAGGCGACCCUUACGCUAUUUGCCGUCCCGAGUGCGUCAUAAACACAGACUGUUCCCGAAACGAGGCCUGCAUACUUCAUAGGUGUAGAAACCCGUGUGUAGGCACUUGUGGACUGAACGCCGAGUGCAAUGUCAUCAACCAUCUGCCUAUGUGUAGUUGUCCCAGAAACACCACGGGUAACGCGUUCUUGUCAUGUACCCCUGUGCAAGAAAUCAGCACCGUUGAUCCGUGCAACCCAUCUCCCUGCGGUCCGAACAGUCAUUGCCGCGCCACUAACGGUCAAGCUGUCUGCUCCUGUGUCACCGGAUUCAAAGGAUCUCCACCCUCCUGCAGACCAGAGUGCGUUGUCAGCUCUGACUGUCCACGAAACAGGGCUUGUAGUAACCAGAAAUGUAUCGAUCCCUGCCUGGGUGCUUGUGGACUGUCGGCACAAUGUUCCGUGAUUAACCACAACCCCGUUUGCAGCUGUUUCGAACAGUACACGGGUGACCCGUUCGUUCAGUGCAUUCCAUUCAGAAAAGAGCCAGAUGUCGUAGUAAAUCCUUGUCAGCCCUCACCCUGCGGUCCAAACGCCCUCUGUCAGGUCAUCAACAACUCUCCCUCGUGUUCUUGUCUACCCGAGUUCUUAGGAAGCCCACCAAACUGCAAACCCGAAUGCGUGAGCAAUACAGAAUGCCCGGCGCAGCAGGCUUGUAUCAAUCAGAAGUGCAGAGACCCUUGUCCUGGCUCGUGUGGCAGCAACACCGAGUGUAGAACCAUCAGCCACACUCCCAUGUGCACUUGUGCCCCUGGUUUCACCGGAAAUCCGUUCGUCCAGUGCACUCCUCGACCAAUCGAAGAAGCGCCACAGAAACCCAACCCAUGCCAGCCAUCUCCCUGCGCAGCUAACGCGGUCUGUCGCGAAUCUUAUGGCGCUGCCGUUUGUACUUGCUUACCCGAGUUCUACGGAAACCCAUACGAGAACUGCAGACCCGAGUGUCUCAUCAAUUCUGACUGUCCAUUUAACCGAGCGUGCAUAAGAAACAAGUGUCAAGAUCCCUGUCCUGGAACUUGUGGAUUCAAUGCCGUGUGUCAGGUCGUUAAUCACAUACCAGCUUGCAGCUGUCAGCUUGGGUACACCGGAGAUCCUUUCAGGUCUUGUGGGCUGCUCGAACAGCCUCCUGAAAAAAGUCCUACCAACCCUUGCGAGCCAUCGCCCUGCGGUCCAAACAGUCAGUGUCGUAACGUGAAUGGCCAGGCUACCUGUUCUUGCUUACCCACGUUCAAGGGCACUCCUCCAAGAUGCAGACCCGAGUGCGUAGUCAGCACAGAAUGUGUCAGUAACAUGGCCUGCGUGAACCAGAAGUGCGUUGACCCUUGUCCCGGUGUCUGCGGAAUAAGCGCCAGAUGCGAGACCUUCCACCACAGUCCCAUUUGUAGCUGUAGCCCGGGUCAAACUGGAGAUCCGUUUGUUAAAUGCUUCGACGUUGCCCCUACGGUUCCGUCUGUUCCUGUGAAUCCUUGCGUUCCAUCGCCCUGUGGACCAUUCUCGCAAUGUCAGGACAUAGGAGGUGUCCCGUCCUGUUCGUGUUUGCCGAAUUAUGUUGGGUCGGCUCCGAACUGCCGACCGGAGUGUUCCAUUAACUCUGAUUGCACCAGUGACAAAGCUUGUAUUAGGGAAAAGUGCAGGGACCCUUGUCCUGGAUCUUGCGGAGCUAACGCGUUGUGUAACGUGAUCAAUCACACACCGAUUUGCACCUGUCCCAGAGAUUACACGGGAGACCCCUUCACCAGUUGCCACCUAAUGCCCACUCCUAUUCUACCAGUACCAUCUGACCCAUGCAACCCCUCACCCUGUGGACCAAACGCGUUAUGUCGAAACGGAAUUUGUAGCUGCAUAAACGAAUACCAUGGCGAUCCUUAUCAAGGAUGUCGUCCCGAAUGCGUACAAAAUUCCGACUGUACCUACGACAGAGCUUGCUCCAACAACAAAUGCAUGAACCCCUGCACCGGAAUCUGUGGUCAGAACGCGGAGUGCACGGUCGUGAAUCACAUCCCCACCUGCAGUUGCGUAGGAAACCACGAAGGCGAUCCGUUCACCCUCUGUAAACCGAUCAGAAAACGCGUGAAACCCUGCGAGCCCUCACCCUGUGGACCAAACAGCUUCUGUCGCGAAUUCGGCGAGCAGGCAUCCUGUUCGUGUCUCCCUGGAUACCUUGGAACUCCACCCAGUUGCAGACCCGAGUGCCUCGUCAACUCUGACUGCGAACAGAGCAGAGCUUGCAUGAACGAGAAGUGCCAGAACCCGUGCGAAAACGCUUGCGGUCAGAACGCGUUGUGCGCCGUGCGCAACCACAACCCCAUUUGCAGCUGCCCCGUUCAGUAUUCGGGUGACCCGUUCGUCAGCUGCUUCCCUAUGAAACCGCAGUACGAGGAACCCAGCCAGGACCCAUGCAAACCCUCGCCGUGUGGACCAAACUCCCAAUGCACAGUGUCGCCAGAUAAUAAAGCCUCCUGUUCCUGUUUGCCCGAGUUCGUAGGCUCUCCUCCCGUCUGUAGACCCGAAUGUCUCGUGAACAGCGAGUGUCCCGGCAAUCAGGCUUGCGUUAGGCAGAGAUGUACCGACCCCUGCACAGGACUGUGCGGCACUAACGCUCUCUGCCAAGUUACCCUGCAUUACAUCCGUUGCGUGUGUCCCGAAGGAUACACCGGAGACCCGUUCACAGUUUGUUCCGUGAUCAACAUUACACCCGCGCCACCAACGCCAUCGAGACCGUGCAGUCCUUCACCUUGCGGCGUCAACGCGUACUGCAGAGAAAGGUACAACACCGCGUACUGCGAGUGUCUGCCCGAUUACAGAGGAAAUCCGUACGAAGGCUGUCAACCUGAAUGUUUGAUGAACACCGACUGUCCGAAAUCGCAAGCUUGCAUCAGGACCAAGUGCCAGGAUCCUUGUCCCGGCACUUGUGGAGUCGGAGCGAUCUGUGCGGUGUCCAACCACAUUCCUAUCUGCUCUUGUCCUGCUCUCACCAUCGGAGACGCCUUCACUCUUUGCCAAGCGGUUCCAGAAGUUCCAAAAGAGAGGGAUCCCUGCUCACCAUCGCCAUGUGGUCCAAACACCGUCUGCGACAAGGUCGGCGACACUGCAGUCUGCAAGUGUCUCCCUGGUCUGCUAGGAAUUCCAUCCAGCAUCACUGGCUGUCACCCAGAGUGCGUCAUCAGCUCUGACUGCCCAGGAGACAAGGCUUGCAUCAACAACAAAUGCAUCAACCCCUGCACGCAGAAUGUUUGUGGCAUCAAGGCCAUCUGCAAGGCGAUCAACCACAGCCCACUUUGCAGCUGCCCCUCUUCAUUGAUCGGCAAUCCCUUCGAAGAAUGCUACCCGAAAAUCGAAACCGAUCCUUGCAGCCCAUCUCCGUGCACCUACAACGGCGAGUGCAGAGUCAGGAACGGCGUCGCUGUCUGCAUUUAUCCAGAAUGUGUCAUCAACUCCGACUGUCCUCGAGACAAGGCCUGCUUCGCGCAGAAAUGCAGAGAUCCUUGCAUCGGUGCCUGCGGAAUCAAUUCGCUAUGUCAAACGGUCAACCAUAAGCCCGUCUGCUCGUGUCCCUCUGGUUUCACUGGCAACGCUAGGAUCCAGUGCACGAUACCCGUGGUCGAAGAACCGAUACCGGAGUGCACUCAGAAUUCUGAAUGCCCGAACGAUAAGACUUGUUAUAAUCAGAAAUGCGUCGAUCCUUGCACUCUUGAUUCCUGCGGCUACAAUAGUCGGUGUCACGUGCAACUGCAUAGGGCUGUUUGCGUCUGCAACGAAGGAUUCACUGGCAACCCUCAACAGUUCUGUCGCGAGAACCACAUUCCUAUCUGCUCUUGUCCUGCUCUCACCAUCGGAGACGCCUUCACUCUUUGCCAAGCGGUUCCAGAAGUUCCAAAAGAGAGGGAUCCCUGCUCACCAUCGCCAUGUGGUCCAAACACCGUCUGCGACAAGGUCGGCGACACUGCAGUCUGCAAGUGUCUCCCUGGUCUGCUAGGAAUUCCAUCCAGCAUCACUGGCUGUCACCCAGAGUGCGUCAUCAGCUCUGACUGCCCAGGAGACAAGGCUUGCAUCAACAACAAAUGCAUCAACCCCUGCACGCAGAAUGUUUGUGGCAUCAAGGCCAUCUGCAAGGCGAUCAACCACAGCCCACUUUGCAGCUGCCCCUCUUCAUUGAUCGGCAAUCCCUUCGAAGAAUGCUACCCGAAAAUCGAAACCGAUCCUUGCAGCCCAUCUCCGUGCACCUACAACGGCGAGUGCAGAGUCAGGAACGGCGUCGCUGUCUGCAUUUAUCCAGAAUGUGUCAUCAACUCCGACUGUCCUCGAGACAAGGCCUGCUUCGCGCAGAAAUGCAGAGAUCCUUGCAUCGGUGCCUGCGGAAUCAAUUCGCUAUGUCAAACGGUCAACCAUAAGCCCGUCUGCUCGUGUCCCUCUGGUUUCACUGGCAACGCUAGGAUCCAGUGCACGAUACCCGUGGUCGAAGAACCGAUACCGGAGUGCACUCAGAAUUCUGAAUGCCCGAACGAUAAGACUUGUUAUAAUCAGAAAUGCGUCGAUCCUUGCACUCUUGAUUCCUGCGGCUACAAUAGUCGGUGUCACGUGCAACUGCAUAGGGCUGUUUGCGUCUGCAACGAAGGAUUCACUGGCAACCCUCAACAGUUCUGUCGCGAGAUUGGAUGUCGCGGUGACAGCGAUUGUCCACUGACCCAAUCGUGCAUCAACAACGAGUGCGUGGACGCCUGCUCGGUGACACAAUGUGGCAUCAACGCGCUGUGUUCGUCCGACGGGUACCACAGACCACGGUGCUACUGUCCCGAAGGAUACCUGGGUAAUCCAUAUCAGAGAUGCGAAAGAGCAGAGUGCACCAACGACAACGACUGUCCAUCUUCGUUGGCGUGUCGCGACCUGAAAUGCGUGAAUCCUUGUAAUUGCCCACUCUCGGCUCAGUGCUUCGUCAUCAAUCAUCGUCCUACGUGUCGCUGCCCUCCGGGCUACACCGGUGAUCCUUAUAAAUCCUGUCUGAUGGAACCGAUAGAACCACAGCCUCAGUGUCAGGUGGACGGAGACUGUCCCAGCAAACUGGGUUGCUUCGGUGGCGUCUGUAAAGAUCCAUGUAUCGAAACGAAACCUUGCAUCGCUGGCGCGAAAUGUUCCGUUGUGGACACUUUGCCUAUGAGAACUAUGAUCUGCGAAUGUCUGCCAAAUUUCGCUGGCGACGCGACUGUAGCUUGCAUUCCGGUGGACAAACAAAUUGAAGCGAUCUGCAAAGCUGACUCCGAGUGCACCUCCAAUCUGGCUUGUUUGAACGAACAGUGUAUCAACCCGUGCAUCAUCAGUCCUUGUGCAUCCAAUGCAGAGUGCUCGGUUCAAGAUCAUUAUCGUCAGUGUCACUGUUCUCGAGGGACGACCGGUGAUCCGUUCGUUAAUUGCUACAGAGACACUGACUCAUUCCCGGAGUGCACAAGGAAUUCCGACUGCGUCUCCAGCGAGGCUUGCAUAAACCAACUAUGUCAAAAUCCAUGUGUCAGCACCCAAUGUGGACUGAACGCAGAGUGCGUCACCGUCAAUCACCAUCCAACCUGUCACUGCCAACAGAACUAUGCCGGUGAUCCCCAAGUGCAAUGUUUCAAACCCGAGUGCAAAGCAGACAGCGACUGUCCCGAUGACAAGACCUGUCUGAGCGACAACUGUGUCACUCCAUGUCUGGUGGGAGACAUUGCCUGCGGUCGUGGUGCAGAGUGCAUCGCGGUUUCGCACAGGGCGCAAUGCGUUUGCCCCCGAGGCACCCAGGGUGACCCUCGAAUCGCUUGCAUUUCUGCGGUGUGCCAUUAUAACGAAGACUGUGCUGAUCACGAAGCUUGCGACAGGUUGAACAGAGUUUGUCGACCUGUUUGCGAGGACGAUACCUGUGCUGAGACCGCGGAGUGCGUUGCUAGGAACCAUCAACCGAAGUGCAAUUGUCCUGCGGGAACUGUGGGAAACGCUUACGUCGAGUGCACUGGUGUGCCCGUCGAUGUGGAGUGCAGAGAGGACAGCGAAUGUUCAGCAUACUUGGCGUGCAUCAACGCAAAAUGCCAAGAUCCUUGCCUGUCCUUGAACAUGUGCUCUGGAGACCAACAAUGCAAAGUAUUGAACACGGUACCGCUUCGAACGAUGAUCUGCACCUGUCCACCAAAUACCAUCACCGACAUCAAUGGACUGUGCAAGAAGAUCGUGCUAGCGGACGUCAAGUGUCACCAAGAUCAAGACUGCAACGACUCUGAUAAAUGCAUCGAUGGAACAUGCAUCGAAGCCUGCCUCACCACCCAGUGUGGCCUGAACGCUCAAUGUAAAUCUACGUCCCACACAGGAAUCUGCCAGUGCUCGCCUGAAUUUACUGGCAACGCCUACAUCGAGUGCAUCAGAUUCCCUGUAAUACCACUGCCACCAAUUCGCCCAGAAUGCUACGCCAACAGCGAAUGUUCGACUGACAAACAGUGCAUCAACUCUCUUUGCGUGAAUCCAUGUGUUGCUGAAGACACGUGUGGCAGGAACGCGUUGUGUCACGUGGAUAACCAUACUCCGAUAUGCAGGUGUCCUGCUAACUACGUCGGUGAUUCCAGACUCAAUUGUGUACCACCGGAAAUUAUGGCUGAAUGUACCUCGAACAGCGACUGCGCGGGCAAUGCUGCCUGUGUCAACAACUUGUGCAUCAAUCCGUGCAAUUGCGGUCCAAAUGCAAGGUGCAACGUCGUCGAUCACUACCCAUCCUGCUCCUGCUCACCCGGUUAUUCUGGAAAUCCUCAGUUGGGUUGCUUCAAACGUAAGUCACCAUAAUAUCUGUUUCUUUUGAUAUAUCUUGGUAUUAUAAUUAUUGGUAUUAUUGA